UUGCUCCAGAGAUGACAAAUCUUACCAUUGAGAACAAUCCAAAGAACACCACAGUACUUUUGAACAGCACCUUGACACUUCUCUGUGUCACAAAUGCCAACCCUCCUGCUUUGUAUCACCUGUAUUUCAAUGAGAGUUAUAUUGGUAACAGCAGCUCUGGAAAGUUUAAUUUUACUGUUGAAGGCGAUGGAGUUUACACUUGUGUUCCAAUAAACACAGUGGGCACAGGAAACAAUGACACUCUUAUUAUUACCACUGUUGGUGAGUUACCAUGUAUAUUUUAUAGUACUGUAGCUAAGGUGAGUCAUGGUGGUUGGUGUGACUCAUAAUAAUGAAUUAUGUGAGGAAAUUAAAGCAUGAUGCUUUCUUUGCUUUGAUUGUCUUUGGUUUAAACUGUUUUGUAUUAAUUGAGUCUAUCUUGAUUUGGAAAGCGUUGUUUUACAAAUCAGUGUGAAGUCACCAACACUAUAGUACUUGAUAUAAUUUAAUGGAUAUUCCCAUAAUUAUGCUCUCUAAGGAGUACAUGUGUUACAUCAAUAAAAAUGAUGUUUCCACCAAUAACUUGCAAAAUCUUAUUAUUAAUCUCUACGUGAGUACAUUAAUUUACAUGAAUACAGGACAUUUCGCACAAAAGACUUUUCGCACAAGUCGUUUAGCACAAGUUUUGGACCGUUCGCACAAUUCUUAGAGGUCAUUUCGCACAAUAAUUAUAAGUGAAAAACAUCAAUAUAAAAGGUAUACUUAUUGAUACUGAUAAGACAUUUCACCUUCACAUGUCACUUUCAAUGAGAUCUAUCAGCGAGAACGUAGACAUUUAUUUACGUAAUAACUUCAACCGAAACUCUUGUGAACACGAUCCCUAUUCUUACUUGAAGAAAGAAACAAAUCUUUCUCUCUAUGAAAAUGUAAAGAACUCCUAUUCGAAAGAUUACUUUACUUUUCCUUUGUUAAACGAAAAACCUUUUAGUUUUGACUGUACAUCAUCCACUACAAACAUGCGAACAUGACGACCCGACACAAAGGAUGCCAUGUUGAUUUCGAAACUAAUUGUCACCAAUCCUCCCUCCUCUGAAGUCAAAGUAAAAACCUGCAAACUGUUUCACUUUUUAUUUAAAAGGGGAAAAGACCUUUUUACAAAAUUUCUGUGUAAAUAUAUAAAAUUCGGAUCGAUAAAACAUGCUAUUUGAAGGCGAUCGAACAAGGCCAUGUUACCCGACGAAUCAUGUAUAUUUUAACUCGCUACUCGGUCAAGACUCGUAGAAAUUUAGCCCUUUCCUCAUUCAUUUAAGCUAUAGUACAUCUAAAUUUCUUUAUUUGUUUUGAUCUUAAGCUUGUAUGAUUACCUAUCGAACGGCUAGCGUAUAAUCUUUGAAUUAUUUUGAAUUCUUGAAACUUUCAUUUUUGAUAUUUUGAUAUUUGAGUAUCUAGUUACUACCUACACUGACACGUUCAAGUUGUCAAAUCACAACACUUGCACGUGCCGACAUUCGAUGUGGAUCACUCUCUGAAUAUCGAGUUAUUAACGUUGAACUGUUUUUGCUGUACGUAGUACCAGUAUGCCCAAUUUUCAUUAUAUAAUGAAGAUAUAAGAAGCAAGUUUUCAAUAGCUUUAUUUGAAACUCUUACGGAUCGAUAAAACAUGCUAUUUGAAGGCGAUCGAACAAGGAGGGAAUACUGGUGACAAUUACUUUCGAAAUCAACAUGGUGUCCUUAGCGUGGGUCAUCAUGUUUGCAAGGUAACUUUGUAGUGGAUGAUACUAAAAACUAAAGAUGAGUAGCACAGUCACGCCGCCAUUUUGGACUCAAGUGCCUUUGCUAACGAAUAUCUUCGGGAAGGUUUAACCUCUAAAUCUCACACUUUCUACAAUAUAAGCUUAGUUAUCCUACUUCAUUUUGGUGUAAAGAAAACAAGGUUUGCGACAAAGUGAAAAUUGUAAAAAAUAAAUAUUUCCUGAAAAUGCGUGAAUUUCUGGGUGUAACGCGUAACAUGAAAUGUAUCAGACGGAAGAAAAAAAAUGAAAUAUCUCAAUAUAGAACGCACAUGGGGCCACUAUUUUUUGGCCGUUAGUAGUUUAUGACAAAAGCAACAUGCAGUAUGAUUUGCAACAAGAAUGGUUUAUUCUAACGCAAGUUAUAAACGUCUGUUUUUAUCACUGAACAAUGUAACGCUCGCAACUAUUAAAACAACCAUAGUGUGCAAAACUAGCAAUAAUGAUAAUUUCGACUGUGUAAGCAACAAACUAAUAACAAAAAUGUAAUGGGCAUACAUCAUAAUAUUUACAAACCAACGCUGAAGUUGAAUCGUCAAGCAGAAUGUUUUCCAGAUCAAAAUAAAACGCGCGGAAACACAUUUCGUAACGGCCAUAUUGAGCUUAAUUCCAUCACAUAUCCACCAGUAGAUCCGUUGUCAGACGCGAUUCUUGUUAAGUUGAGUAAACAAGCUCACCUCUCCUGGAAUGGGCUUGUAUUAAGCUAAAGUUACAGAACGUUUCAACCCAUUUCGUUAGAUCUAACGCUAGAAAUUUACGUUUGGUCGACGCGGAAACACUUUCCGCCAUUGCUGCCGUGUUCAUGAACCGUAACGAAGGAAAGUGACGAAGGAAUAUGGCGAAAAACACCACCAAAACUUCCACGAAAUCCGCUCCUUCGCAGCUUCUCUUUGAAAGCACAUAGUUUGUUUACACAGACAAUAACAGGGGAGUCCAUACAGAGUUUGCAGGGGCAGAUUAUUGCAUAAAAAUGAAAUGUAUUGCGUGAUUUUCAACCUCACAUGCCAAGGGAGAACAGGAUGCUGCAGGUUCUCACGUUAAGCAAAAAGUCAGCCAAGCUGUCCUCAGAAGAAUAGCUACUAUCACCAGUGCUCGAAGCAUGCACGACUUCUUAGUCCAGCACUUUUCCCAGCCAGCACCAUCAAGCUUCUCAGCAAGAACAAAGUCAGUUCAGCUAAAGCGCAGGAUCUUCCAUUUUGUACCAUCUUCUGGGGAGGGAUCUGUUGUCAGGAAUAGAGCUGGACGCAAAUUCACAGAAUUAAAAGGAAUCAGAAAACUGCAUUGCGUGAAAACCACCCCUCAGCAGGGAAAGGUGUUUGUGAAUGAUGAGGAGAACUGCACUAACAAGGCAUGGCUUGAUGAAUGGAAGCCGGUGGAGCUAACCAGAGAGGGUGAUGUGGCAACCACUCGACAGGCAACUGAAGCACCAAUUUUAGACCAUGAUACUGCUUCCUACAUAGCUGACCUGGCCAGCAAGGGAAGUACAGUUGCGAUAGCCGCUGAAGAUGAUCCUGUCUACAGCUUCUAUCUCCUUCAGGUCACUUCUGAUGGAGUUGAAGAACUUGACAGUAAUGUCACAGAUGACUAUCAGUGUCAUUAUUACAGAGGAGACAGAGUUCUUAAGGGGCACUUUUACAUAAGGGAGAACAUUCAUGACAUACCUUCACAAUUGACGAAAAACGGAAAGCGUUUGUACAUGCUGCUACUGUCCGUCACAUUUGCGGUGACCUACCAGUCAGAAAGAGAGGACGAAAGUCUAUUUACAAACUCCCUUUAAAAGAAAAUGAGGAAAUCAUUGCCUCAAUGUGAACUAAUAAUUACAAAACCUCUUUUUUUCCAUUUUUACAUUGAUUUUCUUAAGAUUUUAUGAAAAACCAAAAAUGUGCCACGCCCACAAGGGAUUGUGGGUAAUACCAAAAUUAGUGUUAUUAAUGCAAAAUAAUAAAAAUAUUUACAGAUAUUGAUUACAAUGUACAUUUUGAUCAAAAUUAAAGUCAAAAAGUGAUAAAAAGUGAAAAAAUUAAAAAAGUUAUUUUUGAACUAUGUUACAGCAAAUGGCUAUGUGACUGUGCUACUCAUCUAAAAGGUUUUCCGUUGAACAAAGGAAAAGUUAUAGAAGUAGUCGUUCGAAUAGGGAGUUCCUUACAUUUUCAUGGAGAGAGAAUGUACCUUUCCUUUCUUCAAGGAAGAAUAGUGAUCGUGUUCACGAGCAUUUUGAUCUAUUAGAAGUUAUUACGUAAAUAAAUGUCUACGUUUUCGCCGUUAGAUCUUGUGAAGGUGAAAUGUCUUAUCAGUAUCAAUCAGUAUACCUUUUAUAUUGAUGUUCCUCACUUAUGAUUAUUGUGCGAAAUGACCACUAAGAAUUGUGCGAACGGUCCAAAACUUGUGCUAAAAGACUUGUGAGAAAAGUCUUUUGUGCGAAAUGUCUGGUUACCAUUUACAUGUACACUGUAUGAUUAUCUUUCUUAAUUAAAAGUAAGCAAAAAAAGGUGGGGACAUGCCCAGUGAAAUUUGUAUUUAGCAAACCUCACUUAAAUGGACACCCUGUCCUAACUCACUUUUCCCAUAUUUACUUUAUUUAACAAAAGGAAACCUAUUGAAAAAACACAGACACAAAAACUUAGCCCUUUGUUCCUUGUUUUAGGCAGGCAGCAUGAGCCUUUUUGGCAUGGAUGUGUCAAAAAAAGAAAACAAAAACAAACAAACAAUUGAAAGUGUCACUGUCAGGCCUUAAUAAUUCAUGGAAAGGCCACAAGUCGUUUCUUUUUCUUAGGAGUUAUUCCAUGUUUUACGUGUAGGUAAUUUUAAUACUUGUGUGGUUGUAUAAGAGAUAUUACAUGAUAACAAGAAGAUACGAAUUUUAAGUUCUUGUACAUUUACUUGAAAGGAGUGCUACAGAGUUCUUUCUAGGCCCAAAAUUUGUAUUGUCUAAGCUUACAGCUGUAUGCAUAAUUUUCCUUUUUUUUAUGUGGACAAGGAAAAUCAUAGUUCAUAGUUCAUGUAGGUUUGCACAAUUUAAUCCCAAUACUGCAAAGCUAAGAUACCACACCACAAUUUGAAAAAACUAAUGCCUAGCCUAACAAAAUGACUAAAAACCCUGUUACAAGAUUGCUGUACAAAUACAAGAGAUAGGUGUAACUUGAUCAGGCAGAACACAGGCUAAAACAUAGGGUUUUAGGUUAUAGGGGUUUUUUCGUUCACAGAUGACACAAAUUUUGGUUAUUCCAUGUUGUUUGUUUUGCCGAGAAUGGCUGAGAAAUGUACAAAGUUUUAAAAGUCAUUUGCUGAGCUAUUGUUCUGCCCAUUAAAUCUUUGCAUAAACACAAUUAAGCCUUUUACGAACACAUUGGAUCAACACUAAGUUUUAAGUGUAAAAUUGAUUUCAUCCCACAGAAACCUCUCAGUAGAAAGAGGAAUAGUGAGUUUUGUUAAAGCGAAAAAGUAUUACAUUGCAAGAUAAAUUGCAAAUGGAAAUUUUAAUGCUAAUGAUAUCAAGUACCAUUGGAAAUUUAGGUGUUUAUGUACUGUAGUCACCUGCGUAAUGACAUCAAACUACAGAUACUAAUCGAGUUAAGAAAUGUCCACACCACUGCCUUUAUUCAAAACAUGCACUUUGUUAGCCCUACAUUUAGAGACUUUAAACAGGUUAUGUAUCUCUGGAAAAAAAGAAACACUGAGUUUGAAAAAUUUAGGAAAAGCUGAACAUACCUGGUUGUAAUUAAACUGAUCAGUUUCAUAAAACCAAUGUCUGAAGAUUUCAACUCAAAUCACAACAAAAUAUUGUUUCACCCUGCUACUCUAAACUUGUGUCAGAGAAUGUUGGGUUUCGGAAUCAUAUACUAGACAAUUGAUAGGUUGAAUAUUUUAAACAUGCUUUAUUCAAGCCCUCAAUCAGAGAGUUCUAUUCCUGUGAGAUUGAUCUACAUCAAGUGACAUGUUUUACAGAUGACCUUCAAUAGAUCAAAAUAAUAUGUGAGUGAACAAAUCACAAACAUUUGCAUUUUAACAUUGACUCAUUUUCAACUGUAAAACUCACCAAACAAGAUUUUGUCUUUUUGCAAAAUCAAACAGUCCACUAAUUCAGGAACACAUUGAUUAUAAUCACAAAACAAACAUCCUCCAGCAGAAUUAAGCAUGAUUGUAUUGUAAACCAACAAUGAAUGCAUGGGGUGAAAAAGUAGUUAAUAUUGACAUGUGAUUUGAAACAGGUAUCACAGAGACAGGAAUCCCCCCCCUCCCCCCCAAAAAAAAAAAUACAGUGUGGGAGAAAUUAAUACAAGGAAAACCAGAACAUACCCAGAAGUAGAAACUAGAUAAGAUAAGCAAUCAAGCUACCAAGCAUUACUGGACAAGAGUGAUCUAAUGAUGCUUUAGAACAAAAGACUGCAAGGUAUUGCUAUCUUUAUGUGUAAGGUGAAACACAAACUAUGCCCCACCAUAAUGUGCAAGCUAUUUCAUAUGCGUUGUUCACCCUUCAACUUAAGGGUGACAGAGUUUGCCAUCCCCAGAUUUAGGACCAAGAAAUAUGGUAAACAAUCGUGUACCUACUGGGGACCUGCAAGGUAUUGCUAUCUUUAUGUAUAGGGUGAAACACAAACUAUGCCCCGCCAUAAUGUGCAAGCUAUUUCAUACGCAUUGUUCACCCUACAACUUAAGGGUGGCGGAGUUUGCCAUCCCCAGAUUUAGGACCAAGAAAUAUGGUGAACAUUCGCUUACCUACUGGGGACCAAAGUUGUGGAAUAAGCUACCAAGCAAAAUUAGAACCCUCCCAUGAUUAUUUAGUUUAAAAAUUGUAUCCAUAAAUUUCAUUUGAUGGUAAUGGUAGAAUGAUAUUUGUUCCAAUGACAUUCUUUGUAAUUCUUAAUCUUUUUUUAAUAAUAAUUUAUCCCAUUUAUUGAUAGUUAAUAGGUUUUUAACUAUAUUAUAUUUUUAAUUAUAUUGUUAGGCUUUUUUUGAUAGUUCAUUAGAAAAUAGUAGGUUAUUAACUAUAAGUGUCUCCUAUUAGUAGAGGGGUUUUUAACCUUAUCAGAUAGAUAUUCAAGACACAUUAAGAAAGUUUAUAAUGAUGAUGAUAGAAACCCAAUUUUCAUGUUGUCUGUUAGAAAUCAUGCAUCCAUUAAUUAUGUAUUCAUUUGGUGCUUUCCCUAUUGGCCUACAGCAGAGUCUUGCUUUGGCUUGGGGCUGUUUGUUUUUUGAUUACAUCUAAAAUCAAUGCUUCUUGUAUUUUUGAACUGUUUAACUUGACAAGAAAGAUAAAUCCCAUUUGGUUAGUUUUACAGGUGUAUAGAAGGCAAUGUACUUUAAAUGCUAACAACAUGGAUAUCAGCGUUUUUGCUCCUUCACAGAUUUAAAGGGAUAAAUGUACAAUGUAUAUUAUGUAAAUGAUCUUGAUCUGUGAAUAGAGGUUGUUGUAUGAACUAUUUCAGCUUGAUAAGUAUCAGCAAGUUGAACUCAUAUUAAUAAGUAAAAAGGUAGCUGACUUCAUAAGGAUUAAAAUUUCCGUGUGUGCGUGAUUUAUGCCACAUAAUAUUUUUUGCUUUGACAAAACUCAUUUUAAAUUCUCUUUCCUCUGAGAGGUUUUGUGUGGGAAGAAAUCAAGUUUAUGUUUAAAAGUAAGAGAUUAAUAUAUAUUUGUCUAUGUGCUCAUGAAAGCCUGCUCACAUGCUUCUUUGAAAUAGUAUGCUCAGGUUUUUUCCAUUACUCUCUGCCAUCCUUUUAUUUUGUAUUAAGUGGUUCAAUUUGUAUCUCAGUUCCUUCAUCAGUAGAAAUAUCAAACAAAACAGCCAUUGCAGUGGAAGGACGCAGAUUGAAUUUUACUUGUACUGCAUCUGGCAAACCAAAGCCCAAGAUAGCAUGGACUAAGGUUGGCAGUGCUAUAGUGAUAACAGACACACCAUCAGUUUCAGUUAUUGUGGACAGACCGAGGACAGCAGACAACAUGAUCCAGUAUCAAUGUACUGCCUGUAAUGGAGUGGAGACACCUGCUACAGCCACAGUCAAUGUCACUGUUUACUGUAAGUACCAGUAUUCAUUUUUCAAAUGUUUGUAUUUGGUAAUUGUAGAAUCUCAGGAGCAGUUUUAAUUCAAGCAUUACUGCAAAAGAAAAUUUAUAGGAGUAAAGGAAACAUUCUCUUGAAUCCCAAAUCUCUUAAUUAUUGGAAAUAAAAUCAAGCAUGGCAAGAAAUUCCAAUGGAGAUGGUGAAGAAAUCCUUCAAGAGCUGUGAAAUUUUUAGUGAAACAUAAGAAUCACAGGAACUCAAAGGUGAAGAAAUGGAAGAUGAGUUCGAGAUAGGGAGUGAAGACCACUAGACUGAUGGCAAGUAAACUUAAAAUUUAAAGCCCUUAUUCCACACAAAUGGUUCCAUUAGGAUUGAGCCACCAAUAUGUUAAAGGUUUAGUGAUCAAAACUCUACAGCUUGUUUUAUGAUGUUCGAUUUCUUAUUGAUGCUUGGAGGGGAUAAUUAUUCCAAAUAUUUGGCUACUGGCAGAACCCUGUUUAAGGUUCCUUGGCAUGUAGGGGAAUAAAAACUGUAACAUGGUGAAAAAUUUAUGCUUUGUACUGAAUUUAAUUAGCGAGUUAAAUCAAAAGUUAAAAGGAAAGCUAAAUAAGUUAGUUUCUGAAAGAAACUGUUUCUGGGAUUUUUGAUUUGCUUUUUCCAGAGCCAUGGUAGUUAAAUUGUCACAAUGAUGUAAGCUGGGAGCAAUGGUUCAUGGAAUUUGAAAUCCCAUAAUAUUUUUUUUCAUUUUGUCUAUGAAUUCAGUCAUGCAUCUCUGUCCCAACCAAACACUCAUAGGAAAAGUUUGAAACCUGAAAGUCAGGGAGUACUGAAGCGAGAGAUGUAUUAUAAGCAAAAUUAAUGAGGUAGAUCUUGGAGAGUGGAUUUCUGUGGGGAUUUACAUGUAUGAGGCUUGGAGUUUGAGCAGUUAACUUAUGAUGUCUGCAGUCCCUUUAGCACUACAGCACCACAGCUCAAAAUCUAAGUCUACUGAAAUGGCACCUGAAAAGGAAAAAAAACAACAAUAAAAUAAUGCAAGCUUAUGUAAUUAUUGCCUCUUUUUUUAUUAAAUCUGAAAAAAAAAGGCAGAGUUCAUGGCACAAUUUUUUUACCAAAUAUUCUUGCAUUUGAGCUUAACUUGCUUUUUCAGUGGUGCCACACUGAUAAUUAGAUAUCAUUGAAUCACAUUUAAUACAUUUGGCAGAUGUUGAUUACAAGAUCUGCUGUGUGAAUCUGACAUUUUUUUAUACCAGAGACAUGCAACUUCUCACUGCUAUCUAGGUGAUAUACUUGCAUUUACUUCUAUUUUAUGUUCACAUGUUCAGCCUUCUAACCUACAAGAUCAACCUCCCUCAAAGAUUGCACUCAGAUAUGGAACCCAUCAGUGAAAGCACAUGUUUCAUUUUCAAAAUAUGUCUGCUUCCAUCAAACAAAAGGCAGAGGGUGAUUUAUUUCGCUUAUUUCAACAUGGCUAAAGACAUCAUUAAUUUAAAGCAGCAAAAAACUGUUCUUCCCAGGUUGAGCCACUGUAAAGCUGAUAGUAUAGUGUACAUGUGAAUGCACCCAUAACAUCCUAGCUCUUUGCUUUUUACUACAUCUUACAACUCUUUGUUUCAUUUUGCAAAACACCUUUUUGCCUAACUCUAUCACAUGACCUGUUACCAAAUAUGGUCUAAUGCUGAAGAUGGUGAAAAAAGAAUGAGCUGAUUAAUUCAAAUGACAGUGAUUUUCGAGGCGUUUGAACAGUGUAUGAAGUUAUUAAUUCGAAUUACAGUGAUUUUCGAGGCGUGUGAACACUGAAUGACGUUAUCACUUCAAAUAACUGAUUUUUGGGGCAGUGUGAACAGUGCUGCUUAUUGUCCUAAGAGAGACCUUUAGAGUUACAGCAGCACAAGGACUCCUCGAACAGAGAGCAACCCUCCACAGAUGGAAUUUACUGACGGAGGAUUCCACAGGAUUUGCAUCCUUUUGAUCCAGAAAGAAUUUGAUGUUUGGUUUAUGAUCCCUGAAUGCAAACCCACACCACACAGAUGAAAUACUACGGUAAUAGCACAUUGUCCUUAUGUAAAAUAUACACAGAACAGAUUUAAAAUUUUUUCUUUCAAUGUUCAAAUAUUUUAUGGAAGGAGGAUGAGAGAACUACUUGACACAUCACAUCAGGAAGUUUCAUUUGAAUGGAUAUCCUACCUAUUUAGUUAGGAGAUACUUUUUCAAUGGGUAUUUAUUUGUGAAAAAAGUAAUGAGUGCCCUUACAGGUAUGCCUCUUUUCACUGGAAUUAAGAAACCCUUUGUUUCUUCUCAGAAGCACCAUGUAUAGUUAUAAAACGGAAUUUUACUUGUGUUUGGUAUGUAUGGUUUAUGUAUUUAUACUUGAUACUCUUAUCAAGGAAUAACUGUUACAGUACAUUUUUUGUUUUUUUGUUUUGUUUUGUUUUGUUUUGUUUUUUAUUUGAUUCUUUUUGUCUGUUUACAGAAUGUCAGGUUUUUACAAAUAUGAUGAAUACAGUUGCUUAGACAAACUUAUUCGUGGUGAAUCUGCCACUGUGCAUCUGCUCGUUGCAGAGUUCAUGAGGAUCAAGUUCCAUCUUGAUGCUUUGGAUGUAAGCUUCUCACUUUUUGUUUGAUAGUGCAUUUAAAAGUGCAUUAUUAACUUAGCUCUACAGAUGUAUAAUUAUUUAUUGUCAGCCUCGGCUUAAUGUUAACCUAGAAGAGCAGGUAACAUUUUAUUGCUAACAAUAAACCAUUGUUUUACUUUGCUGCACUGUCAGGUUUUAUGAUCCUACUUGUUACUUACCUAUAUGAUACAUUUUGAAAAGUCCAAUCUACCAAGUCCACUUUUUACCAAAGCAGCCACCCAUUACGUAACAAAAAGUGAAACUUUGUGUGUGUUGUCUAACAAAACAACUUUAUUUAAGCGCGUCAGUUAAUUUAAUUUAUGGAUUAAUUUGCUAAAUUUGUUGAAAUAAGCUCCGUCCAGUUAAGGUUUUGCAGUAUUCCUGUAAACACAGUCACAACCAAGGGCUUCAAUCAACAUUGUGAAAGAUACCCCCUAAUGCUAAGCAAAUAGGCAUAGUCUCAACGAUGAUCAUUGGAUAUUGAGACUUGGUAUUCUUACAUUCAUUCUGGACAGUUAUUGCACCAAAGACCCCGUCUAGUGUCUCAUUUUUGUAAGGCAACACGCAGAAGGCAGGGCUGUACAGCAAGAAUGAGACACAACAUCUCAGUUUAAAUCUGUAGAAGCAUCUUGCAAUGUGCGGAAACAACGUUACCAAGUAGCCAGGGUUAUGGUGCAAAAUUUCAAGGUUACUCACAAAAGCUUUACUUCUUUAUAACCAACUUUUCAUUUUUCGAAUAGUACUUCAUCCUCAACUAUUUUCCUCUAUUGUACAGCUCAGAAUGUUAUCAGAAUACAUUUUAUUUCGUUGCUGACUGAAAAUUUAGAAGCUAAAAGAAAAUGUACUCUUUGCAACCCUCAUUUUCUCAUUUAGUUUGAAAAAAUAACUAUAAAGAUUAGAAAUUUAGAGGUAUGAUUAAUAAUGAUAUGGAGGUACUGUAGAUCUUCAACAUUGCAAUUUGUAUGUUCUGGUAUGCAGAGCAUCUUGACUCCUUAAGUUCAAGCAGUUUAACCUACACAUCUUGGAUGCCAGCUGAGAGGAUGCAACUAAAAAGCAAUAAAUUAAGAAAGUAUUUGGCUGACAUAGUGCUCUCUACUCAGUUUGCUCAAGGUGUAUAGUAAUCGGGGGAACUGCCGAGGGAGUUUGUUUAUUUGGACCUAAUUAGUGUUCUAACUAAAAAGGUGGAAAGCUUUCAACUUGAACAGUUUAGCUCAUGUAUUAUACAUUUAUUCACAAGGUCUGCUAUUCGUUUUUUAGAUAAACCAGCUGUAGUUUUAAGGACAAAUGCUACAACAAAUGAAACUUGUGGGACUAUGUGGGUGAAUUUUGCUUGUAACUCAUCAAGGGCUAACCCACCAGUUCAGAGGUAUCUGUUAUACGGAUAUCAUGGAGUUGAGCUGAAGGAAACAAAUAUAAGCACUCUUGGAAACUGGAUAAGAGAGGUAUCACAAAAAGGAAACUGGACUUUCUACUGUAAAGCCAUUCAGAUUUUGGAAGAUACUGCACUCGCCCAGAGAUUGGGAAUUGGCACAAGUGCCAACAAUGUGACACUGUCUGUUUAUGGUAGGUAUCGGAAAAGAGGUAUAAAAGGUCAAUAAGGUCAAGGUCAAGGGAUCUCGGCAAUUUUAUAUUUUAUGACAUAUUCUAUAGCUAAUCUGCAAGAAUUUGAAUGUAAGGAAUUUAUUCCCAUAAGACUGAAAUAUUUUAGUGGUAUAUACCACGCUCUUUCUAAGCUAAUCAAAAAUCUGGAACGUGAUUGGCUAUUACCAACCCGACCUAAGAACUAUAAAUAGGACAGUGUACGCGUCGUGCUUGUAAUAGGACAGUAUAUAUCGACAGCCUGUGACGCCUGUGUAUCGGACGCUGUUGUCACGCAUUUCACCGACUUGUAGCUGUUGUUUUAUGUGAAAAUUUAUAAGCAAUGGUUAGUUUGUUCCUCAAAUUUUUUCCUAGUUUUAAUUAAUCACUAACAGGACUUCAUGUCAUCCAAUUAGUCUGUAAUCAUACUUGUAAUUAACAAAUCGGAUUGUAAAUCACUCGAAUGAUUACAGAACGAAUUGGAAUCCAUUCAGUCCCAUUGCCAUAACUAAUUGCUUCAUGUGUACAAGCAAAGUGUUUUUUCCAGAAGUGAAAAUAUCAUCAUGACAUUUUGUGAUUUAAGCCCUUGCACCUUUAAUUUGGUUCACAAGUACAUUUCAUUUCACAGUACACUGAAUUGUUGGCUGUGACAUCUUGUUAUAAUACUGUUAAUUCUGUUUCUUAUGCUGUUGUUGUUACGAUGUAGUGCAGCUUAUUCUGUCCUGUAAGAGCUUCUCACCUUUUUCCUUUUAAUUUUUACCAUCGAAUUUAUGGUUGUCUGCUUUUUUCAGCUAAUACGUAUGUAGCACCAAUUGAGGAUAUAAACUACACAGAGCACGAAAGUGUCAAAAGGACUUGCAACACUUCUGGAACUCAAGUAUCAUCUGUUUUUUGGACUAAGGUUGGCAGUAACCGUCGAUGGGAGGGAAAAACAUUGAUCUUUUCUAGUAUCACCAUGCUUGAUGAAGGAGAAUACAGAUGUGAAGCUGUUAGUGAGAAGUGUAACAAUGGCAACCAAACCACUUUCAUCUCAGUGCAUUGUAAGGCUUCAUAUAGAGUUACUAUGAGUUAUCAAUUGUGUUAUCAAUUUUUUUCUUCGCUCAAUGAGAGUAAUUGGUUUUUAUAAAAAGCCAUGUUUCUCUAGAAAUAUUGACGAACAAGUAAAUUUUGAUUUUCUAAAGUAACUCCCUUCAUGUAACAACUAUUAUCUGAUAGGUUAGGUUGCCAAAUAGAAACAGCUUUUAAAAAUUACUUCAAACAACCAAGAUUUUUUUAUUUCAGAAUUUUUGAAAUGGAUUGUUCUACAAACAGUCUUUUAUUCAAGGCAUGUAAUAAUUUUAAAAAACAAACAAACCGAAAACAAAAGAAAUUGCAAAAAGAAUAAUAAAACAACUGGAAAAAGACAAUAAUAAUAAUAAUAAUAAUAAUAAUAAUAAUAAUAAAAAGAAAACCACAAGAGCUGAAAGGUUGUAGGGAAAACGAAGACCCUCAAAAGCUUAGACUUAAGACUUAAGACUUAAGACCCGAAAACGAAGGCUCCUCUAUUUUUUUAAUUUAAUAUGAUUUUUUUUUGCUUUUUGGCCGGAAAUAUCCAACUUCGCUUUUAAUCUUUGUAACAGUGAUAAAGCCGAAUGCAAUUAAACACCGGUUUUAUGUUAAAUGCAUGCCAACUUUGAAGAGAGCGUGCAAGCUCUCCAGCUCCCCUGGUUUGUUCGAAAUUCGCUUGUUGUAAAGAUUGCUGUUAGUAAAACAUCACUUUUUGCCUUGUGUGAAUUCUUGGACCAUAUUAAUUACUUCUGAAUCCAUUUGUGAUGUGUUCUCCAUGACCUAUUCGCAAAGGUGUUAGUGUGUGGUCGCCAACUCGGAUUUGAAAUUUUCAGGAUUUAUCUACAUAGCUCUAUUAAAUUCUGUGUAUCAACUCCUUUGAAACUUGUAUGAAAAAAGAAUUGCUGCUGGUUUAAAUUGCGUUUGUUAAAUUCCAUGUGAAUGGGCAGGACUCGGAUAUUGAAAUGAAAACUUUUCGGAGCUUUCUUUUGCACAGCCGUUUCUCUGACAUGACUUUAAACUUAAAUCCAACAAAAUGCUACACAGGCUUUUUUAUAGGCUCAUUCUGAACGUAAGUGUGGAAUUUUGAACAAGCACGGUUGAUCUUAUCUUCUAGGAUUCGGACGAUCGAGCACAGGCUAUAAUCGAUGCUAGAAUCCAUUGAGCUUUAUUUCGAGAUCCGCCGUCCCAGCUACGAUAUCUUUUCCUCUAGAUUUCGUUCGGCUUUGCUUCUGUUGGGAAAAGUCCCAUAACAGAACCACACUCUAGGAUGAAGGUCGUUUAAGAAUCAUCAAGGAAACAAGAAUCCAACAGUUCUCACACGAUUUUCACUGGCAGUUAGUUCGAUGGGAACAAAUGAACGGAAUUAAGGGAACACAUGUAAAACCGGUGUUUAAGUGUAUGCCUUAUCGCCAUUAGAAAAAUUAAAAACAGAGCUGGAUAUUUCCAGCGAGGAACUAUAACAAGAUCAUGUUAAAGAAAAUAAAGGGGUCUUCGUUUUCGGGUGCUUGUUUUCGGGUAUUCGUUGUUGGGUCUUAGGUCUUAGCUUUUAAGGUCUUCGUUUUCGCCACAACCAGGGCCGGAAUUCAUUUGACACCAGUUGUUCAAAAGGUUACUUUUAUUUAACUUGUUGGCAGUUAAUAAAAUUGAAAUUGACAAUCAAAAACAAUUUGGCAAGUGGUCUGAGGCUGUACGAUUUGAAUUUGUCACAAUCUCUUUAUUGUCAGUGUGCAAUUAAUUUUCAGUUGAACAGGAAAGAAAGAUAUUUUACUUUGAACAUUUGUAUUCCUUUCUCAGACAAACCAAAGAAUGUCACUUUGAAAAUAACAAGGACCAACGUCUGUAUAGAGUCUGCAGUUACCUUUAAAUGUGAGGCAAGAGCCAAUCCAGAAGUCGAAUACUAUCAGUUGUAUGAAAACAGUGCCCUAAUUGCUAAUGAAAGCAAAUAUGGAAUCUGGAACAAGAAGAUGUCGAAAGAAGGGGAAUUCAGUUACACUUGUGAGGCGAAAAAUCUUAUAGGAAUCUGGAAAAGUAGUUCCGUCAAUGUCACUGUUAGUGGUAAGUCUUGUUGAUAGAAUUAGUUUUUUUACAUCUCACCCAAAUCAUACAGUCUAGUGAUAUCUAAUUUUUGUAUAUACUCAGUAGAGUUGGUGUAAUGCAUACACGGCAAUAGUUACAUGUACUUUUGUUUGGAAUUGAUCUAACGCUUCGAUGAUUUUCUUUAUUCUUUUGUGCAGCUCAUCCUACCAUAUUGAGUAUCAAUAAUCCUAGUGCCUUUGAAGGCAGUGACUCGACUCUUUUCUGUAAUGUAUCUGGUUUCUCCACGACCGUCAGCUGGAAAAAUGUACGAAGUAAAGAGGAAAGGAGAGCCAGGAACUGGAUUUUUCGAAAUAUUACCAGAUUUGAUAAUGGGAACUAUACAUGUUAUGCCAACAAUACUUGUGAUUCUGUUAGUAAAAGUAUAUAUGUCAACGUCAAAUGUAAGUUAUGUCUCUACCACAUUGAUGUUGUAACUUCAGUUGUAAUUUUUCAUCUAAGAUUCAAGUCAAAGAUCAUUUAACUGAAAAAAGUGUGAUACACUUUUCUCCUUGUAUUCAACAGAUCUAGUAAAGAACAUGCAUCUGGUCACAUACAUUUUGUUGACCUCGUGACCUUUUUCACUCUCUGGAAAGUGUUCCUUGAUUUUCCCGACUUCCCUUUUCUUAAACUUUUCGUCAAAGCUCCCUCCUCUAGGCAGUCAUCUUAAGGGACCGUCAUCCAUUGUGUGAUUAUUCUGAAGGUCUUUUCUGCAAAGAAGAUUUUUUUUUUCUGUUUUGUUUGUUUUAUAUUUACAACUUAGUGGUAUUGGUGGUAAAGUGAAGUCGAUGUAAUCAGAUUGUUGGUUUAUUUUUGUCAUUAGAUUGGCUAAACAGAGAGACCUUUAACAGAACUUAAAGGAAAAUUCCCAUUAAUUAGUAGGGCGGGUGUCUCAUAGCUUUACAUAGGUUAAACUAUGCUGAAGGUGACAAGCGGUAGACAAGCUUCUCUAUCAAAAGACAAUUUACAAUAAGUGAUAAAAUUUAACUCAACCGUAAAUGACAUGUUUUUCUUGAACUGUACUUGAACACUCAAUAACUUUCUCAGUACAAAUGAUAUGCUUUAUGAUGUGCUUUUUGGGUGCAAUUUUAUUCAAACUGCUGAGUUUCGGCGAGGGCUUCUGAAGUUUUAUGACCAAAAACUCCAAAGUUGUUGAAGCAUGGUAAUUUCCCUUACAUGUCCCUUGUAAAUUUACUUUCUUUUCAAAUAAUUUUUUUGAUGAACAUGAAGGAUCACGUGCUUAAAUCAUUUCUAUGAUCUAUUGAAAGUCAAAGGGAGCUUGACGUUACUUUUUCCCACCAGCUUUCAAAUAAAAACUCAACAAGUGAGUCGCACAUGUUGAGCAUUUUUAAUUACAAGUUGAGUGAAGUCAAACUUGGAGUUUUUAUCCUGGGAUUUGCUGUUAACAAAUACUCCAGCAACUUCAGCUUCUGACACCUAAACUGUACAAUCUUUCAGUUUGCUCACAACAAAAAAGAAAGGUAAAGAGAAAAAAAAGGAGCCUUUUCGUCACUAUUAGUGUAGAUUAAUUUUUAAAGUUAACGUACAAUCUGCUGAUAGAUUUCCGUGCUCCACGUGUUUUAAGUUCUAAAUAUCAGCCGUUUGGUUUCUACAAAUCAGAUUUGCCCAUCAAAGCCUUGAUAUAGUUGUGAGUAACAUGAAAAUGUACCCAAUAGUCAACUGCAAUUAACUUCUAAUAUAUGCAGUGGGUGAUAACUUGGGGAAAAGGUGGUCGGCCCUCUAUAUAGGUUAGUCCUAAUCUUUCCGCUUUUUUGUGUCCAGACAAACCAUCUGCCACAACCUCAAGCAAGACUAUUGACGUGGAGGUAGGAGGAGACAUAUCUAUUCGUUGCCUUGAGGUCAUGGGAAACCCCCCAGCUGCUAUCUCCUGGUACCGAGGGAAUGCUACUAGUGGCGAUAGCAUAACAAACAACGUAGAUUUGAGGGUUAAGAAUGCCAAUGAAAGUGACUCUGGGUGGUAUACAUGUUUUGCGAAAAACGUUGCAGGAAAUGCCACUUUCAAGGUGUUGGUACGGGUUGGUAAGUUGAAUACUUUUUAGUUUGAAUAUCAACAACAAAACUACUUUUUAAGCCUUGUUGCCAACCUGUUAACAUGACCCUGAUAGCAAAGCUGCUCUUCUAUAAUACACAAGAAAAGAAAGAAGUAGGGCAAAGAGGAGGUUAUUAAAUGUACCGAAGUUCUCUGAAUUCUUAAAUGCUCUACACAUUGUAUCAUAUUGUACCAUAAGGGUUCUUUUUUCUUUUGUUUAAGUAACAUGAAAUGAGAUACGAUGUUUAAAUGAUAAAUGAUAUACAUGAAAAAAUUGUGCGCUUCAGAUUGGCUGAAAACGAGUUUUUUAUGUAACAAAAGUGUUAGUAAUAAGUAACAGCAUGAUUUCUCGCGCAAUUUGGUUUAAAUAAGCACUUGUAAAUUUUUCAAAGACUGUGAAAAAUUUUACUCGUGCUUAUUACCACCAAAUUGCACUUGAAAUCAUGUUAUUACUUAUACAAAUAGAAGCAAUGUCAUCAACAAUAGGGAAGGUACCAUCAAAGGCAUAUUGUAAUUCCACAGUCAUUAAUGUGACAACCACAUCAAUGCCUAUAUAAUUAUAGCUCCUGACUCUUUUCAUAUGUUACUGCGAAGAGGUACAGAUCAGGUGGCUACUGAUUUUGAAAGAAGACGGGGAGACCCCCUUUUGUAAAUUUUAAGGCAAGAAUUGUUUGUGACAUCUAGGCAGAUGGUUUGUGUUUUGGUGAAAUGCAUAAAUUAAUUGUGACUGAAGAUUAUUUUACUUUUAUCCUCCGUACCACGGACAACACCAGCUCCAUGUCCAAAAACGCCUUCGGGUAAGUGCUUUUAUAUAUACUUUUCAAAACCACAGUCAAAUAAAUAGGAAAAAGAACGUAAUUCUUUCCUAUCGUCUAAGGAAAAGCAUUCGAAAUUCGAAAUUCAAAAUGAAAUUUUAAGGAAAGGUAAAACAAACCUGUUAAUUUCAAUGUGUGGGAAAAUUCAUGUGUUAAGGUCCUAAAAUGUUGGGAAAGUGGAAGGAAAUCAUUGAGGUUUGAAUAUGAAUAUUGUAUGUCAUAAGCCACAAACGAAUGUGCGUGAGUUAAAGGAGUUCUUGUAUAGCGUACAAACUUUUAUUUUUAUGUGGGUCGAGUAAGUGGUAUCAACCUACAUGUAAACAACGCUUGGUGGUUUCUGAAAGCCUCUUUUUUUCUCUGGUUGCCAUUUUUGGGGGGUCAUUCUUGUUGUUGAACUGUUUGCAUAGACCACCGAUUUUCGCCUUUGUAUUCCAAAACUACUCUGGCAGUAUUUUUUGAUCAAUUACCCCUAUGUAAUCUUGUGUGCUUUUGUGCGGAGAACAAAGCCAUAGGUUGUUCCACAACUUGAAAAUGCAUUAUCUACUGUGAUUAUUGCCUUUUGAAAGCCUCGGAAAUGUCUUUUUUUCCUGGUUUGGAAAAAGUACAUGAACAUGAAGAAAUAAAAAUUUUUUAACAGAGAAGGAUAUGUUCAUUUUUUCACUUUGUUUGUUAUAGAAAACGAGUUUCUCGGAAGAGUUGUAAUAGAGGCAAGUUGUAGCGAAAGGUUACAAGUCGCCACAGAGUUCGCCAAUAUGGUAAGUUAUCGUAUUAGAUUAAUAUUUUAUUUCCUAAAAUAGCAUAGCUUAUGCGAAUAGAUUAUGAAAUUACAGACAACAUUUACAUUACUGGGUAUUGGUUCCCGCCUUCCAUCCUGUGAGAGUUCCGGGAGCGUCACGCAUAAUUUUUUAUCUUUUUCGGCGGCUGCAGAAUAAUAACUCUUUUCUAUGGUGGCCUGGAUCCUUGACUUCUUUCAGUUCUUCAACAGUGACUUGUUUUUAUUCCAUCCACGGCAUUUUUUGUGUGUUCUGGGACUCCGGGCUCACAUAACAAAGCAGUCAACAGCAGCAAUGACGAGCUAUGUAAUGUUCUGGUACGACUUUCUGGCGCAUUUGGCGAUAGCCAACUGAGUUGCCAUUUCCGCAUUUUUUGUCUCCAAGCAUCGACAACCUCUUGCAAAGGUGUAUAAUUCAAGUCUGUGAACACCAUAAGAAUAGCUUUAAAAAUUGGAUCGGAAAGUCAUCGGAGUUGGGUGAUGACUUAUCAAGGCUUGGUCGGUUUGUCGGUCGAUACUCGGCUAAAACCUUGACUGUUACGUUGCGAUCAGCUGUCGGCAGCAUGUUGGUCGAGUGUCAUCAAUAUAUUGGUGAAUGAUCGGUAGUACCUGUGUCUUGUUAACGAUUGUUUUGCUGAAAUAACAGUCUUCUUAGCCCCAACUGAAAAUUGUAGCGGAUGUGCUUUGGUCUAACGACUCAAAAACAUAUCACACCUCUGCAGGGUUAAUUCUACCGUCAUAUGGGGUGCAAAAAAUUGCACCCAAUGACAGCAAGUUUUUGUGACUGAAGUGAAUUCUGUGAGAACUUUAUCGCCUCUUGUGAUGUCAAUUGUUUUUCUCCUCCUCGUUUUUUCGCUGACUUUAAUAGAAAAAUACGUUCAGACAUCCUAAGGCAACUAAAGCUAAAAUAAAGAAAUAAAAAUAGAACCAUGCAAGUUGUUGGGUCACGGUCAGUGGUUUGAAGGUAUUUUUCUUUUACUCUUUUUAGAGUUGUGAACUUCUUAGUGUAUACGAUUGCGAAGAUGGCAGAUCCUGUUAUUCUAGGUAUGAUGUCCUUUUUAAUAAUUUUUUUUAUGUAUUUUCUGUGGCGGACCCUUAAACAUAUUGAAUGAACAAGAAGUCAAAAAGUGUUUGAGAGUUUAAAGAAAACUUCAGAAGAGACUUUUUUGCGGAGAGCCAUUAAUAUGCUUUGUGUACUACAAACUAUAUUUAGUCAUUUCAAAAUUAUGAUGCCGUGAAGGUUACUCUUGAGUUUUCAACUUCUCGGUGAAACUAUUUACAGAAAAAGCUCUAAGUAAAUUUGCUGUAUAUAUCACAAUAAUGUUUCAUCUCACAAAUAUGCUCUGAGCGAUUUUGGUAAAUUUUAAUCCAGAUCCUUGUAUCGACGAGGAGCCACAACUUUGCGAAUUAAGAGAAAUUUUAAUCGUCAAAUUUCGCGUUUGUUAAUUUAAAGUUAAGUCUUUUUUUUCCGGAAACUGUAAAGUAAAUGGUAUUAUAACGUUGAAACAACUAGAUCUCACUCAUCAGCGAGUCCUUAUCUCAAAAAGGAAAAUGCUGAAGUUGUGAGAACAUUUAUUGACGAUUUUCUGAGACGCUCCCUAAGAAAUGUUUGGUGGGAUUUCCCCAUCACAUCUGCACAAUAGGCAACUUUGCUGAUACUGUGUCCAAAUUAUUGCUGGGAUUGGUCAACCCAAGUUGUUUGCCCGGCCUCGAUCUUGUGAGAUGCAUAGUCGAAAACGUUUCGAAAUUUUGUUAGGUUUAUUUAUUUGCAAACUUAUUUCUUGCCAUGAUGAGCCAUGGAGAUCAUUGAUCAGUGUGAUAAUGUGAAAAUGACCGUAGACAUCCCGAAAGGUACAAAAUUGUAAGGAAAACCUUGUAUUACAAUUCGUGGUAAAACAAACCUGUUUAGUAAGUUUGUGAAGAAGUCUAUAAUAAGUUCUUAAAUAUUUCCUUACACCCUCCAUUCUAUUCCGAAAGAUAGACCUUUUGGAGCUCCAAUGAAAAGUAAAUAUUCAGAGGAAUGACCAUUUUGGAAAAUGAUGAAAAAUCGAGACUUAAAAAAGAUUGAAUUAGCUUCGGAGUAACGAAAAAUACAAUUUUUCAAAAGUGGCGAGGAUCAAGACUGGAAAGUGAACUCUGAACUUGCUAACUUCGAGCGCGGCAUUGCGUCAUUUGGGUCAUCAUUCGUACCGGUAAAUAUUAUUUUUAAGUGUUGAUAAGUCCUAAGGAUAUUGUUCAAGUAAAGAUUUUUUAUUCGGUAAAACAUAACUUUAGGCGAUGUUAUUUAAUCUCUCAGUUAGUCGUAUUUCACUGUAUGGCCAGCAAAAUUCAAAGUGUGUUUUCAUUGCAAAACUUUCUCUUUAAAAAAAAAAUUUUAACACGGUAUAAGGAAAAAUUGCGCAAACGAAGAGAAAGAACGAAACUCAGAGGCAGGCGUCCCAAACUUUCGAGUUGUUUUCUCAGAGAUUUGGAGGAAGACAAGCGACAAAUGGAGAAAGACGAGCACGACAAAGACAACUCGAGUCGAGAACUAGACGAUUUUAUCGCCGCCGAAACGUCGUCAAACACUGUGAAAAAGACGGAAUACGAGUGGAAGAAGUUUGAAGGGUUUUGCGAACAGCAGGCCGAUGGAAAUUUUAAUGUAAUACCAGCUGCUGAUACCAGCUGCUGCUCUCGACAAGCUCCAUGACAAGUUAAAGAUGUCCGAAGCAAAAUGGCGGCGAGUACGAACCAAUCAGUAUUUCAAGUUUUCAAAUAAGCAUAGACGGAUUAUCUUCUUCUUGCUUGUCUUUCUCUUUUUGCUGCUUGUCUUCCUGCAAAAGCUCAACAAAGUAGGUUCAGCUCCCAAGCGAUGCCACAUCCUUCUUUCCUUGCGUCGACAACCAUCUGUUCAAUUUCCAACUGUCUUUAAUCUUGUUCAGUCUGCACAGAAUGAUCCACCCGGCAGCUUCCAUGAGAACGCUGCAAAACACCAAAAAUUGGAUGCUAAUCGUUGAAAAAAUCCUUGUUUUGUUUUCGAUCGCAUGGAUAAAAUUCAUACAUCCAUUCAUUUAACGUUGACUUUGAACAAAGUUAGCUGUUACGAGGACUACAAAAUCGAAUGACCGCGAAGCGUGUCUGAUAUGUCAUUACUGUUACCAAUUAAUCAUAGACAUUACAAUAUUUUGAGAAAAUAUCUCCCGUAGAAUCAUUUUCUAAAAUAAAAAUUUCCCACAUUUAGAAAAUUCCCUGGUUUUGUUGGGUAAGUGGUUGUUGCUAUGGUUAUUGUAAUUAAUUCCGUGACUGGUGGAUUUACCCGAGAAGAUUUGGCUGCUUUAACAGUCCGGUUACGGGGGUCCGAUAACAUCCAACCGUCUGAUUACACUGUGCGAUUACAACUCUACAGAAUAAUUAGUAAAAAUUAAAGCAGCUAAUGCGAUUAAAUGUUUAUUUCUGAGAAAACCCUGGGAAUAGCUCUGUCAAUUUUUUCCACUAAAAAUCGAGCAAAGAAGAGGAAAACAAGCGGGAUUGUACAUCAAGAAAACGCUUAAUCAAAUGUGAUGGAAGAUGAAAAUGUCAUAACCAAACGUUUCACCGCAAAAUGUAAAUAAAAGAUAUAGGAUAUCUUCGGCCAUUGUUACAUGUACUCCUCGGCCUAUCAUGGAGCGAGAGAAGGUUUGCAAACAUACACUCUUAAAACGUUUGCGAAUUUCUUCGAGACUACAACAACAAAGAUUGAGGCCACGCGAACGACAUUCUGACGCUUGUAUCAGCAAAGUUGCGUAUGGUGGCGAUUGCCAUGCCAUGCCACGCACUCUAUUUCAAAUAAACAGAUGUGAGUGAAUCGUUUGACUUCACAAGGGGAAGUUGGUUUUUGAGCGCUCUGAAGAUAGCCGGUCAGAGCGUAGGGAAACUGUCUCCAGCCACCUUAAAAUAAUAAAUAAAUUGAUAAGAACAUUAUAAAGCUGAAAAAUAUUAAAAUCGAAAACCGACAAAGCGGUAGGUUUAAGAAUAGCAGUAAGUUAAAACUGCUAAAAAUUAUGAUUUUCGGAUAAGCUCAGCCUGUCUGGAAACGUUUUGUUCUCAAAUGAAAUGUUUGAUUCGCAGGCUUCCUCGGUAGUGCUUAUUGUGUUCAACAAAGCCAAUUUCGUUUAUUUUUGAACAAUCCUCGUUAUUUUGACAAAUAAUAGUCUUAACUUUAACAAAGCAUGUGUAUUAAACCUGUUCCCCACUGUUAAAUUUCCAUUGACAUUAACUUUCCUUUUCAUAGCUGUGGUAGUGUGGUAGUAUAUUUCAUUUUGAAGUUCAGGCAAGCCAUAAGAGGUGGCCUAGUAGUAGAUUUUCUGAACGAACAAGCGCAGCUUAACAAGUUUGGUCGAUUGAAAGUCAAGUCCAUAAUUCAGAUUUCCUCCCCAACCACUUCAUCCGCAUCACCCACAAGAGGUAAAGUAACAGAUUUACUGAAUGACGUCAAGCAGCAUUUUCUUUUGGAACAGUUUAGACCAUUUAAUUGAACACCAUCGAAGCCCUGGGCUGACGUAUGUGUCUGCCAUUUAGAUGUCUCUAACACAAUUUCCUGAUAAUUACUCUUUGUUAUCUCCAGUACGUCACAAGGUAGAAAAUAACUUUGGAAUCUACGGAGGGAAAAAACCUCUCAACUCCUCGAAUAAAAACACAUGUCCGGCUUAGCUUACAAGUUACCAAUCCUUAUACCUUGUACUCGCAUCAGUUAUUUUUUAAUUAAAACACAGGUCGUCUGAUCUUGUUAGUGUUUAGAUAUGUCACUUACGUUGAUAAGUACUUCUCUUGUCUUUUAGAACCAUGCCUGGAGUCAUUUUUUGAAGAUGACACCUGUGAACGUAAGGUUUUUAGAAGCCAUAACUUUAUACUCUUUCAAUAAGUAGCGUGGCAAGUAACGGAUAGUAGUUAAGUAGUUAAAAGAUGUAUGGGGCAGAGGGUUGAACGAGUUUCAAACUAGAGUGAAUUUGUUUUUAAGUGAUUUAACUGUGUCUUAUUUAAUUGAGUCCCCUUUUUAUCUUGUUCUUUUUUAACUCACAACACUGUGAUACAAGUUGACUUUUCUGUGUUGCCUUUGGUUAUUUAGUAAAGUGGCUACACAUUGUCCUCGUGAUCGGUUUCGUCAUCGGGCUGGUUGUUGGUAUUUGUCUUUUUGCAUGGUGUAAGUGCGGUCCAAGAGAAGGAGGUGAGUAGAAUUUGUUUGUGUCUGUAAGCAAGAGCUUCCGUUUAUUUUUCUGUCAACUGCAACUAUGAAAUGGAGCUCAAAUUCCUCAAUUAGAGUUGUGAGCUCAGUUUGGAGCAACUUCAAAAAAGAGAAAAACUGUUGAAUACGGCAAGAUGUAAGAAGUGAUAAGUAAGUUAUCAUCUUUAGUUAGUAGUGGUUCAUUAUCUGUCUGAGGUGUUUCUCUUACUUUUCGGUGGUGUUAGUUGUUUUUGUUAUUGUGCUUAAUGUUACGUACUAGAUUAGGUAACAAAGUUUAUUGCAGUAGAUGAAAGACCCGUUUAGUUGGUCCUCCUUUGUGAGUAAACCGUAAUUAUCUAAAGUACUAAACCUUCCGACAAAAAGUUGAAAGGCGUUUGGACUGGUUUUAGGCGUCAAAAAAUUCCUCAUAGCUGUAUGUAGAUUGUUGACAGGUUGUUUCAGCAAAUCACGUUUAAAGUGAACUUGUCAUCUACAAAGUGAGUAGAAUAAGCCAUUUCAGCCAGGUGAUUCUCUUACUUUUCGGUGACGUUGGUUGUUGUUAUGUGUCUAAUGUUACGUACUAGCUUGGAUAAAAUAAAGGUUAUUGCUGUUGAUUAAAGACCCGUUUAGUUGGUCCCUCUUUUGUGAGAACACCGUAAUUACCUAAAGUAACUAAAGAAGAUAGAAGUUGAAUUGCAUUCGGACUAGUUUUUGGCACAAAAAAAAAAGUAUUCUUAUUUAUGUACGUAGAUUGUUGACAGGUUGUGUAAACAAAUAAUGUUUAAGGUGAACUUGUUAUCUCCAAAGCGAUGUAGCCCAGUUCAUACUGGCAACCUUUUUCUCUUUUAACCUUAUAGUUCUUUGCUGUAUAUGUCGCCUAAGAAACUGUGACAAAUGCCCCAAUAGUGAGUAGAAUAAGCCAUUUUCAAUAUAUUAAAAUUCUAACAUGGCUCCGCGGCUUGGAUGAAGAAAACAAAAGAAAUAAAUUAUUCAUCUCUUAAGCUUCAUGUGAUUUCUCUUGUUUUAUUUUCCCAAGCCUCAGAGCCAAGUUAGAAUUUUAAUAUAUCGAUAAUGGCCUUUUUGUUUGUGUCUGUCAAGGAAUGCUUCCUUUUAUUUAAUUUCCAGUCGACAACAAAUAUGGAAUGGUGCUUUUUAAUUCCUCGGUUAGUAUAGCACUAGUCUGUAUAAACUCAGUUGGGAGUAGUUUAUAGAAUGAAAAAUACGUUGAAUACGACAAAAUGUAAGAAGAGAUGAGUAAGUUAUCAUCUUUAGUUAGUAGUGGUUCAUUAUCUGUCUUUGGUGUUUUUCUUAGUUUUCGUUGACGCUGGUUGUUGUUCGUAUUGAGUAAUGUUACGCACUAGGUUAAUUUAGAAUUUGUUACUGUCCACUAAAGACCGUUUCUUUGGUCCUCCUUUGUGAGCAAACCGUAAUUAUCUGAAGUAACUAUAAACCUUUCGAUGUAAGUUGAAUUGCAUUUGGACUGGUUUUUAAGCGAAAAAAAACUUCAUAGUUGUAUGUAGAUUGUUGAAAAGUUGUUUAAACAAAUUAUGUCCAAAUUGAACUUGUCAUCUACAAAGUGAUGUAGCCCAAUUCAUAUUGGCAACCUGUUACUCCUUUUAACCCUAUAGUUCUUGUCGGUAUUGAAUUCUCGGCUGACGAUUCGUUGUUUCUUUUUUUACGUCAAGGGUCUGUUUCUCCUACGCAACCAUUGUAAGUGCUUCUUUAAUUUGUAUUUUCACUGUUAAGGUUGUACAAACGUAAACUGCAUUUCCGUUCACUCUUUUUAAAGUUUAAGCCGAAAUAACUGUUUCCUGUUCAUUAGUUUGCUGGACUUUUCAUCUUAGAAGUAAUUACGAGUAGACGUGAUGAUUUUCUUGUUUUGCGUGAAUUGUGAAAAUAACGUAGUUGAAAUACCCAGCAAUAAUUAAGGUACUUAUUUGAAGAAAGAAGUACUAACCUUUAUGAAAAGUGCACUAAUACAUACUUCUGUUUCAGUUCCAGUAAUCACAGCUUCCAGUCAGAGGGUAAUCCACAUGCAGAUGAAAAUAGUGGUUAUCACAAGUUAGGACCUCUGCCCGCAGUGGACGUUGUGGUCGUUGGACAAGAGCAGGGAACAGUGGGUGGGAAAGAAAUACCUACAUAUUCUACGGUGGAAAAAUCCAAGGAGAACGACAAGAAGAAAGAUAGGAAAGCUGCUGAGCAGAAGCCGACAGAAGGUCCGAUGACUGUAGGGGAAAUAGAAAAUCAAAAAACCAAAGUGGAUGUCAUGGGCGAGGAAGCAAUACCUACCUAUGCCGCGGUGGACAAAUCCAAGAAGAAAAACAAAAAGAAAGAGCACAAGCCGACUGAAGAUCAGUACGCUGUCGUAGACAAGUCAAAGAAGAAGAAAAAGAAGAAUGAACCGGAUGCCACUUACGCUGAAGUUGACAUGUCAAAGAAAUCCAUAAAGGUUUGCCGACCAAUGAUUUUACUUGAGUUGCUAUCUGUUUGAUUAAUGAGGUAGUUUGUUUUUAUCCGUUUUGUCUUGCUAAAUCACAGGCAGCCCUACAUACUAACUUCUAUCCCUCUCUAACAUUGUACAGUUAGAGGCAAAGAUUGGCGACCAGGUUUAAAAAAAAAGAUACUUGAGAAAAUUAUAGUUCUCUGGUCGAAUUAUCAAACGAACAAACGCCAGUAUCUCCAGUCUUUCUCUUUCUCUCUCUCACCGUUCCUUAACUCCCGGAUACGCAUUAACCUAAAAGGAGCAGUGAUCAACUCGAACUGACUUCACUAAGAUCAAUUUCAUUCGAUAUUACGUGCAGCAUCGUAAGUCUAACCUUUGCAACAAGACGUUUUGAUAUUAUUGUUUCAUUGUUAUUUUCAUUUCGACAAAAAUUCUAAAGUUUAUAGUAAUGAUUUACCAAAGAUGUACAAUGCAAUUACUUUUCACGGGGUUUCCAGAUUUACUUGUGCACGGAGGAAUUUCAGUCUUAUUAUCGCCUGAUAUAAAUGUACAGAAAAAUAACACCAACAGAGGAAGAGUGUUUUAUCUUUUUUAAAUAUGACAUUUCAUAAUUGAUUCUGUAUAUUACGUACAUCAGAUGUACUUCUCUAUAGAAGUGUCUUAAUAUAAGUUCAAAAUAAAAAAUAGAAGAAGAAGGAUAGGGAAAAAGGGCUUUUUAGGAACUACCGUAGAGGAUAAAAUUUCAUUGGCUAGAGGCGGGGAAAGGAAAAACAUAGGCAUGCUAUGCAUGCAAGAGUUAUUUUUUGGGGGGUGGGUGGAUUACUUGAAACAUUGGUAGUGAUGUCUACAUUCUUACAAAAGGAUAGAAGAGUAUUAACACGGAAAAGAACAAAAAUGUCGAAUCAACUUACACACAGGUAUUUUGUGGUAGAUUGUGUGUAUUGUGCGAAUAACUGUAACCAAAAAUAAACUGUAUUAGUGCCACGGAUACCUGUUAGUACAAAAUGCAGAAUGCAGACUGCUGACCGGAUACAAAAUGUAGACUAGGUACAAAAUGUAGAUAGCAGACUGCGGAGAGGGUACCAAAUGCAGACUGAGAAUCUAGAGUUUUUUCGUCUUGUAUGUGAUAACAUGCCAUCUCACAACUUACCGAGCGUCACGCAAUCGCUUAUUCGCGAUCAGCUUUCACGAUUAUUUGCACUAUUGUGGAAUAUUCCUGGCACAUUUCUUGAUGAAUAUCGAUCGUAAUAUAAUUUUAAGCCUUCAUAUAGUCUUCUUACUUUGCGCGCGAGUUGGUUGGUGUGACGUCUGUACAGAUUUUACCAACGUAAUAAAAGUAGAUGUAGAUGUAAAUGAGAUGUCACUAUUGAAUAUUUAACACGCGCAACAUUCGAGAAACAUUUGACAGCUUUGCACGUGGUCCGUAUUAUCAUCUUUUUAAGCGGUAUUUGUUUAUUUUGUUGACAAAAAUAAGGACCGGGACCAAAACUGUUCCUUCGACUUGAUAAAUUUUCGACGUUAGUAGAUCGCUUCAUAUUAACUUACCUCUGUAAAUCAUUCAUUCCAGAUAACAAAAUCAAAUAAACAUGCUAACGAUGGUAUCUGAUAAAUUUUCGACGUUAGUAGAUCGCUUCAUAUUAACUUACCUCUGUAAAUCAUUCAUUCCAGAUAACAAAAUCAAAUAAACAUGCUAACGAUGGUAUCUGAAUUCGUCCUUGGCCAAACACAAACGACUCCACAAGAUCACUUUCUCCAGGCAUCGAAAACAUACACAAAAUCGUCCAUAGUUAAUUUAAUCAGACAUAGCACCCAGCAAACCAAUCCAGAAAAAUAUAAUCGGCACACUCAACAAAUCGUGAAUCUUGUAACACAGCUUGCCCUUAAAGAACUGCUCAAAUCAAAAUGUUUGGUGCAAUUCAUCAACAUCUCAAGCAAUAUUUGAUUCAAAAUUUGUCCACUCACUCUCGUCGAGAAGGAACAAUAACCAUGAUCGUGCUACAGUGCACAGAACUCCAUUUACUCUCGAACAGCUAUCCAACACGUCUACAAGGUAAUCUGAUAUCUUUCAGCUGUCCAGUAGUAUCGCAUUUCUCAUAAAACGCGGUAAAAUACACGUUAAAACAUAGAAAAGCCAACAUUUUUCAUUCUAAAAGAUGAUUCCAUUCUACGAACCGCUCUCUCUCCGAAUCCCCCAUUACUUCGUUGAUAUUUGAACACCCCUCAAACCAAAGGACAAAAACGACGCUCUGAUUGGUGCGAGAUACAUACCUAAUGCGGCGAUCCGAUUGGCGCGAGAUACAUACCCUAAACGAUCUGAUUGGUGCGAGCAACAUACCACUCUCUGUACGCUAACUUAGAUGUUAUUUUUUUCAAUUUAAAAAAAAACUCAAAAGGUUCUGACGGUUUCGCGUAUUAUUAUGAUUACUAUUAUUAUUAUAAUUAUUAUUAUUUGUCAUUAUUAUUAUUAUUUGUUAACUUUCAGAGCGUAGAUAUCAAUUGGGGUAUUUUCAUCUGCGCUUUGCAAAAAUAAAGCAAAGUAACCAGUACUAAUAACUGUCAAAUACUGAUACUAAUAAUUGAUCUAAACAAAAUAAAAUACCCGAUAAAAUACUCAUUAAAAUACUAUACAUAGGUUCUCAGCAUUUAGGAGACUAAACAUUUUCCAACUACAACUGUAGGUCGCCUUAAGCUUGGAGCCCUGACCAUAAUUUUUCUCCUAGUCUCUGUAAUUUUCUGUGGUGUUAUUUUAUUUCGGAAGAAUUUAGUGGUUUUGAUGUAAACAACCUGUAGUUAUUACUCAUGGGCUACGUCUUACCCCACGUAUAGACCUGUGUCAUCUUGUGGGAUGUAGAGGGAGCCACUUUUUUCUUUGGGCUUGACAUUAUCUUUAUUAUUUUUACCAACAGAAGCAAAAACCGGGUGAAGUUCUUUACGCUGAUUUGGGUGAAUUCCAUCAGAUGCAGAGAAUGCCUGAAGUAUCCACUUCCCCCAAAACCCUGCCUCCGGUAAAACGGCCGGAGGCUUAUGCUGAAACACAGUAUGCUGACAUCACCCAGUUUCUGAGGGGAAGCCCUGGUGACACAGGUGCUGAGCCUCCUAAAGACAGUACUACUUUAGCUGUCAGCAAUUCCGCUACUGGCAGCAAGGAGGAAUCCUCAGCUGGGAAUGCAGGUGACGUUGAAGAGGCAACUAACGAGACAGGAUUUUAGUAGCCUUUAUUAGUGAUUAAUUCUCAUUUUUCUUACUUAUUUUCUCUCCGAAAAAUAACAAUUUUGUUAUGGUGCAGGAUAGAUUUUGCUUGAUAUAUUUUUAUAGCACCACAAGAGUUAUUGUUGAGAAGCACGUGUGCAUACGUUUUGUUGCUCCGUUAGGAAAAGAAAAAGCAGUUCGCAUUUCUUUCGUUUUUUUAGUGACAUAGUCUUAUCUUGUGGUUUUUGGUUGUUAGCUAAUCAUAUACUCUUGCUUUUUUUAUAUUUAAGUGGUGAACUUCAAUAUUUGUUUUGCUUAUAAUCUUUUGCAUAAUAUAGUUUAUACAUAAAUAAAUAAAUCGGUAUACCGGAAAAGUAGCCUGGCACACAAAUAGCUUUCUCAUCUAGCACAAAUUACAGCUUAUUGCAGAUAUUUUCUUUCAAGUAUAUGCAAUUCAUUUUUGUAGCGACUGAAACAAGUUACAUUUGUUAAUUUUGGUUCGGAAAAAUUAAUUAAUGUACGUAGUCGAAAAUUAGAAGAUGAGGAUGUAAUUACUAUGUGUUUCAUUCCGAUAUAAGCAGAAUUUUUUAAAGAAAAUAGAUAGUUCUUGGUAGUGUGUCAAUCUCCGUAACGAUUGAAAAUAAGAUUUAUUCCAGCCCGCUGGAUUUGAUCAGAGGCAAAACCUCUUUAAAUUUUGAUAUAAAUGACUUAGUCAUUUCUCGGCUUUCUAGCCAAAGCAGCAGUAAGGGCAAAGGUGUGUCUUCUAUGGUGUCAGGUGCUUUUGUGCCUUAUGUUACCAUAUUUAUUGUGGUAAUUGUAGUUUGGUCAACACACAUUUAAACAACAAUAGAAAGAAACACCCAAAACAAUGUUUGUACGAGUUGUAGAACAUUAUGUACUAUACUAAGCGAGAAGAAGCUUGUUUGCAAUGCUUUGGUACAUCCGCAAGAUACCGCUGGGUGUUAACACCAAUUACACCUACUUUACCGAAAACAGAAAUAGUUACUUAUGUGCUUGCAACAAGAUCUAUCGCGUACUACACCAAUUUCAUACAAAAGUACAUCAACUGCAGCAACAACGCAAAAUACGCGAAACACGCCAAAACCAGCAGCAGCUCCAAAUGUCCAAAUUACAGCAACUACUGCAACAUUAAUUUGAUAAAUUUCAAUUAAUUUUUAUAGAAAUUAGUAUACGCCUAGGAUGGGUAUGAGACGUAUUUAGACAUUAUACCUAAAUUGCACGUCAAGAACGCUCUAAAUACAAAACAUUGUACUUUUGAAGGUGGAAUGUUUUUUUUCUUUAAUUGCUUUAAAUUUCAGUUGACUGCUUUAUUUCUUUCUUUCUCAUUUUUUAAAUAGUUUGCAAUUUUAUUUUUGUUUUCUGCUUCUUCAGCUUUCAACAUGUUUCUUUUUUUUGCUUUUGUUACUUUUGGUAUUUUGGAAUGUCAACGGAAUGGGAAUAUUUUUCUUGUAGUUUGUCUCGAAGAUUCGUUCCAGAAGAGGUUUAAUUCGGUUAUUUCUUACACUUUGUUUUGUACUUUGAAAAAAUUUUGAAGAGGGUUUUCGACGUUUAGGUUUUCUCACCGUUUGCUAGCGCCCUUAUGAUUCAUAUGUCCGUAUACUUUGGCUUCUACUUCCCCAAUUUUUUUUAGAUCACAGCGUGGCUGUGAGUGCACGUGUGUUUUGUUAAUUGCAAAAUGUUAUAAGACGUGAAACGUCCCUGAUAGCUAGUGUUGAUUUUUUAUAUAGAAAAUAAAUUGGUUCCCUGGGUAAAUUAGUUGGUUAAUAUAGUUCUAACACGGAAAAAUCUUCGUUGUUCUCUUGGGAUCAAGAGAGUGACAAAUACCUUUUACAUGGUUUUCGUUUUUGACAUUGAUAAUUAGUCCUAAACUUUAUAGUUACUGGGCUUUUUUCUGCCCUGUAAUGCGUUGUGUGAUUAUUUAACCUUAUAUCAUAUUUAACAUGUAAUUUAGUAAUAGCCAUUUACGAUAAUUGGACAUGUGUGGUAGAUUCGUAUGAAAGACUAUCUCUUGCUUACAGACUUAAAAGUCACUUAUUACUUUGCCAGUGUGCAAAUACAGAUGACGCAGUCAACCAUUCAAAAAGAGGUACAGUCUACUUUGGACAAGUAUCACAAGCCUCCCGUGAAAAUUCAUGAACAAUUCGUUUUGGUUUCAUUACGAGAACUUCUAAGUUCCUUUGCUGAGUGAAGACGGCUGCCACACUGUUCAGUUUCAUUUUAUUCACUUUUUUAUCAGCGUAAUGCUUUUUCGUAGAGUGAAAGAUACAAUGCUAUUUUAUUCUUAAUGAAUACCACACAUUACAUAUUUACUGUGUGGUCUAAUUAACGAGUGUUGAUUUUUAUAUUAUAAUCAAGCUUUUUUGAGUAGCCGAGAGAGCUCAAAUGUGUGGUAUGAGCCUACUGAAAAUAUAACACCGUUUUGGCACUUAAGGUAAUAAAAAAGACCUUCAGCCGUUUUCCAAUGACAAAAGCCAGUUGACUUAAUACAUGGGAAGUCCUACUGUGAGCGCACCUGCAGAUUCUAAUAGCAUAUUUGUGUCGACGGGUGAACAAUGCUUUUUGAUGCAAAUUGGUUUUUCUAAUCUCUCUGUGCCGCUUGUACUACACAUUUAUUUUUCCUUUGGCGACUCUUCGAUACUUUUUACUAUAUCAACAUAUGUAACCAACUGUAAUGCUCAUUAAAAGCUGAUAAAUGUUACAUGCGUCAUUGUUUAACUCAAGUUGUUAACAUCAGAGUCAACAAUUUUUAAGCAAUUUCACGAUAUGCAACGAAAAGGAAGGGGGCGGUGCCCUAGCCCAUCCUUUAACCUUCGAGUAUUUUUGUAGGAGAGGGGGAGAGGGAGUGGCGUCGUCGGUCAAUGUCAACACGAUACAGUCAGUAUCGGUCUUAUUUCAUGAAGGUUACUGUCAUCAAAAUAAGGUGCCUUCCGGAAAAAUCGUCUCCCGCGCGCUACUUUUAGAGAAACCAUAGAAAAUUAUAUAUCACCCUAAAGCUUAAAAAGUAUAGCUAUGGUAGGCGCGCUCGAGCCUUUAACCCUUUACACCCUAACAUCAGUAUCCAUAUUCUCCUUACUCUUCUCUUCAUGUUACUUUUGGUGUUGGCAAAGAGAAUUCAUUUGUAGAUCAAAGCUUCUUAGAUUGGCAAGCAUUUAUUUUAAUCUCAUGAUCUUAUUGAAUGAUUCAGCAGUGUUACUGUAAGAAGAAAUUAAAUGCUGGUCACUCUUAGUUAAACACAAAACCGAUGGUGUUAACGUUACUUAAUUACCAGCCUCCGCGUUACCGCGGUCGUCAGAACAGUCCGGACGAUAUCAUUCAGCAAAUAAUAGGCCGGCAAAGAGUGUGACGCUUUUUCCAUAUUCCGAUGAAUAGAGGGGGUAAGUUUCUUAAAAAUCUGUAGUGCUGCGUCUUUCAAAUCGGUACUCAUAAUCCCCGCUGUAUCGACGAGCGCUUUUCAUUCAACUGAAUGAAAACUUUAUUUCAACUUUAUUCAACUUUAUUCUUGCUUUCUCGUCACGAUGUGCUACAGCUCGAAACGUCAGCUUUUAAACUUUUUACGAUGGCUAAUUAACGUUAUCCACUCAGUUGAGAAUACUAAAUUACCCUUUUUUGAUAUUCCUAUUGGUUCCUGGGAAAACCUAUUUGGUAGUUACCCAAUUGGAAUAUAGUAACCCAUUGCGACCACGUUGCUUUUAUUUCAAUCGCUUGGUGGGCCGUUGAGGAGGACAACACAAAAAUGGACAAAGAAAGAUACCGCAGCAAAAAUGAAAAAACCGGAAAAUGUGCUGAGAGGAAAGACAACGAAUCCACACACAGCUUUCAAACUCACGAUUCUAGACGAUUGUUCAUGUUUUUGUAUCGUGGCUGAUACUUACACAAAUAAAAGGAAACGUCGGUUUUAACUUAAUGUAUGACUAAUUUCGAUAUGACGGCGACGUCUUUGUUUGAAAUCUGAACGCCAGCGUGGAGCUCGCUUUCACCAAGGAUUUUCCAGCUCAUCUUGACAGAGUGGUACUCUUUCUUUCUCUUUUUUCAACAGACUUUCUUUUGCUUUUUAUUUUUUCAUGAGCAAAGAUUUUUCCAGAAGCAAAGAGCUUUCACGCGUGAAUUUUGUGAAGUGUGCAAUGUAAACAAAAUUUGCAAACGACAUGAAAAACGUGCCCCAAGAUGAGCGUUGCCGCGAAAAUUUCCCCCUGGGAUUCGCCCAGGUGCGAGAUUAUAUGACACCUUCCUGAUUUAUUAACUUUUACUUGAAAAUACGUUUUUCUAAAUAACUCGGGUACUUUUGGAGAUUUUAAUUAGGUUAGGUUAAAGUUUUUGGCUUCCGUAAAUAAAAGGAAAAAUGAAUUUUUCGGCCUCUUAAGGUGGGAGGUAACCUUAACUAAUAAAUACUUGAAAAGGAGAAUUUUGAAUUGUUUGGCGCUGCACUUUUACUUAAUCGUGUGGUAGCGUCACAAGGUUUUUUUUUCAAAGAAGGAAAAAAAAGCUUUUCACAAUCACCGUGGAUGAAGGUCGCCAAUAAAAUGUUUCCCUUUAGUCGUCCGGACCUAAAUGUUCUUAAAAUAAUGCAGAUCUCCUGACUCUGUUUAUAGAGAGUACAUGGCGAACUUAAAAACACUCUAUCCAGCUUCUUACCUUGAAAAUGAAGGCCUAUUCAAUUGAUCCAAGAUCAGUCACCGAUAAGACAAUAAUACAUACAUCUCGAAACUGUUACUUCAAGCAAGGAGGUGGAAUGCUUAACAAUGACUUAUACUCUUCAGCAAGCAAUGAUUUAAAGCGAAACUUCAAGAGAUGAUACAUCGCAACUGCAAAACCAUAUAAGGAAAUCUGAACAGGUCUCUCCGGAAACGGACAUUUCCUUUUCUUUAAAGGGGGUAAGUUUCUAAAGAAACUGUGGUGCUGCGUUGGUGGGAGAGUAUAACAGGUAAUUUAGUGUUAACAACUGAGUUGAAGACGUAAAUUGGCCUCUGUAAAGAAUUUAAAGGCAUGUUUUUAGUCUUUUCUUUGCUUCUUGUUUCUUCAAGUUCACAGUUUCAACAUCUCUAAAAAAGUUGUCACAGGGGCUGCUCCAGUUCUUUAACCGAUUCCCACCAACACAAUCACAGGUUUUCGCGUUUUAUAUAUCUGCCGUCCAGAGUCUCGCUAUCUGUCCCCCACAUUCCAAAAUUAACAAAAUAUGAAAAUUCUUAACCUAAUUCCUUGAGUUUGUAAUCAGUCACAGCUAUGAGCUUCAUCUUGGAAAAUGUGUAUGAAAUAGACGAUUGCUGAAAUAACAUAUAUACCAAUGAACUACCAGAAGUUUACUUAGCACGCAUUUGAUUAUUUUCAUAUUUUCCAUUUGUUCAUUUCCUGUCUUCUAUCAUUAAUUUAAAUUUUUCUUGAUCAAUUUGUAUUGGUGUUUUUGUUUGGCUGCUAUUUCGUUUUGCUGUUAGUGAGCGUAGCAAUUUGCUGCGAGAAGACUAGGCACUAGAAUAUACGGCGGGAAACUGUGCGCGAGGCAUAUACAAAGUAUUUAUUGCGGAUGGCGAUGAUGGUGGCGGCUGGGGAAGAGAACUCUGCGAUUAGAUCUCUCCAAAGCAAUUACGAUGGUUCUUAUUUCCUUCGACUGAGAAGAGGGUGUGUUUGCCUCCAAAAAAUAAUGAUCAAAAGAAGACGCGAGAAUGAAAUUUUUCUUCUCCCAAUGGACUGUUUAUAUUUGAGUGUUGCUCUCUGGAAGAAACAGCGAUCACAAGUGAUUGUAAUGCACAAUAGCAGAGGUGUCGCCUUAAAGGUUUGUUAGUAUUAUAGUUUUACGCCACAUCAUUAAUUUUAAUAUUCUAGUAUUCAAUGUUUUUAGUUUGUUGCAUGGGAAUAUUAGGGAGCUUAAUGGUCACAAAAAAAUCGCGAGGGUUUCUAGAUAGUCCAAAGAUUCAACUCCUUGAGAGAUCCCUAGUCUUUAGUGUGAGGAACUUUUGAGGUACCUCUGAAUGAGAAUCUGACAUUUAUGCAAGAAGUGAUGGAUACAUUUUGGAGUUUCGCCAAUUGGUGGUUUGUUCUCGUGGCUAUCUUGCCGAGAAGAAGUCUACUUGUCGGUACGGUCCACCAAGGGUUAAGCUUUUUCUUGGUGAAUUGCUUUGUUUUUGUCCCUAAUUGAAAGGAAAUAAACGUCAAGCGCCCUUGUUGUUCAUUAUCAAAUACACUGAGGCUAAAAAUUGCAAUUCUUGAUUUUAUUCUAAACAUAUUUUAAUCGCUCUUUCACAGAACAUGUGUAUAUAUUCUUGUUCACAGAGGCUGCCGGCGAUGUCACCAUUACUGUAGAAGUGGACAAUCCUUUCAAAGUUCUUGAAAACACUCCCAUAGUAUAUCUUCGCUGGAACUUUUCAAUUUCUGGUAGUGACCCAUUAAAAGAAGUUGAUUUCUUUAUCAGUAAAGAAGGUGCUGACGAGUACAUUGGGUAUCUAACCGACACUAAGAUCAAAAUCUCAUCUAGUUUUUCUGCACGGGAUCGUUUUACGAUCGAGCGCCCAGCUACUUUAAUAAUCCGCAACGUAUCUGCUUCCGAUGCUGCGAAGUAUAUGUUUGCAGUUGAGCUGGACUCAGCGGAAAGAACGCAAAGUAUAAUCGACCUACACGUUCUCGGUAAGUCAGUGUAAUUAUACAAUCAUUACAUGUUGUGCGCUUAAUCUUCCAGCUCGGACUUUGACGAAGCCGAUUUGUCUAAAUAAUUUUGUGAAUUGUAAGUGAGAAGAGAGGAUACAAACUCGGUUUCAAAAUCCAUGGAGAAUAUUGCACUACCUGGACAACGAUUAUUGUUAGGACUUUGUAUUGAUGAUGGAUACUUUAUCCAUGAAUAGAUUGUUGCUGAUUGAAUUUCGUUGAAAACCAAUUAACAAGGAUCAAAGCAAUUAACAUUUUAAACUACGGUUAUCUUUUUAUAUGGCUUCAGCAAAUGUUCACUGCUACAAUGUAGCUCAAAUGCAGCUCUAUUGCCUUGUUUUAGUUCAUCAGAGUUUGACAUUAUGAAUUUUGGGGAUCACUCUAGCCCAGUGAACUAUGUUAUGUAAUAGGAUUAACAUUGGAAACAAGCAUGUCAAAACUUUUUUGAACUCGUGGGUAAAAUAUUAUUUUUAGCAUGAAGCAAGUUAUGUAAUGAGUGUGUAACCUUUCUGUUGACCUAUAACGGCCAAAUCCAUGUAAAAAUAUGAACAAGAAUGAGGUAAAUUUCUAUCAAUGAUAGCAGACAUUUACCUUGAUGCCUAUUUUUACUGUGGAUCCACAGUAGAAAUGUUUUGAAACUCACACUGACAGUUGAGAUUGGGAUAGGGAUUGACAAACCAAAGACCUAGCACUGGUUGUUUAAAAGGUGGAUAAAUCCCUAUCCACUGGAAAGUAAUUUAUCCGUUAGAUAAGGUUAUCUGUCCUUUGAAUGACUAAGCCACGGCUUGCUCUGUAUCAUAGUUGCCACAGAGCAGGGAAAAUUAACUGAGUCACUCAAGGUUUAUAAAGGGAACCUGUGUCACCCAUGGUUUAACUGGUAUAUCUAGCCACAAAAGUUUCUUAAGUGAAGUGCAGGUAGGCAGAUUUUAAGUCAAGUUAAGACAUAUAUGUGCUGUAAAAGUGUGUAUUUUUCCACUAUGAUACAUUAUGAAAUGAAAUCAACUGGUUUUUUCUGAGACAUUGUUUUAGAAACAUUCUCUUGACUUGAAGUUUGUUUGGAUAUAAUCAAAUAUUUAAUUAAUGUUAUUUUUCAAUGUUAGCACCCGUCAAGUUAAUCGGUGCACCAAGUAACCAGACCAUCAAUGAAACAGACACAGUAACAUUUGUCUGUAAUAUUAGUGGUAAUCCAGCCCCUGUAAUCAAGUGGUAUAAGGAUGAACUCACUGUUGGUACAGGAGACACACUCAGCUUUCCAGUAUUCAGGAAUCAAUCAGGAUACUACUGGUGCUCAGCUGAUAAUGGCUUAAAUGUGACUGUCAAUGCCAGCGCUUACCUUAAUGUGCAUUGUGAGUAUAAAAUCGAUUCAAAAGAAUUUUUGAAAUGAUACAAAUGUAAAUGCUAAACAUUCCAGGGACAAUCAUUGAAUACUAAUGGUCUAUGAUAGAUUUUGUUUAUUUGUCAAAACGAUAGCUUAAAUAUCACAAUGUACCCCAGAGCUGCUAUUAUUUCAGUAUAUGUGGUGUUGAUUGUAAAAUGUUGAUUGUGAAAAGGUCCCAAGUUGAUCAUCUAUUGGUAACUUGCCAAGAAUUUAUUUUGCUGACCUUUUGUUAUAUAAUGUUAUUUUAAUAGCUGUAAAAAUAUAUUCCAUUGUCCAUGUUAUUUAAGUUAGGUUGAGUCAAUAAUUGUUGUAAGUCUAGUGAUUAAAGUUUAUUUCACACUUCAUUGCUCAAGCACAAGAGCUUACCCAAGUUAUUUCAAAACAUUAUUCAUGAUGAUACAAAGCAGAGGCCAGGAACACAGCGGCCAAAUGUCUACUCUUGAGGGAACAUUGUAAUGACUAGGCUACAUGCUUUCAGGCUGUCAGAGCCAAGUUAUCUCACACUAGUUAUAAAAAAAACCACUUAACCCUGUGAAGUUACAGUGUUUUAAAAGCAUACAACUUUUUUUCGGUAAAGCUCAAAAGGAAUGUUAAAUCAUCAGGAUCGAUACCCAUACUUAAAUUUUCUGAGGAAAAAAGUGUAAUUAAGUACUGUCAACUGAGUUGAUAAUGGAAAUUGGCAACUGUGUAGAGUUUGAAAGCUGAUGUUUCGAGCAUUACCCUUAGUCAGAGGGAAGGGCUAAUGCUCAGCUUUCAAACUCUUCAUGGUGGCCAAUUUACAUUAUCAACUCAGUUGAUAACACUAAUUCACCUUGCUAUACAUGUUCUCUCCCACUGACACCACCACAGUUUCUUUAAAAACUUACUCCCUUUAUUCAUUUGUGUCCCAAAAGUCUGAUAUUUUUUGUGGAUAGCACACCACUGGAAGUUAUUCACAAGCAGUAACCUUGGUCUUUUGAAUAAAAAUUUCAGUUAAAACUUUGCACAAUAAUUUUUCCAAUUCAUCAGCCAGUGUUAAGAAAAGUAGAGUCGGCAAAGCUAUCAACCAAUUGUUGUCAUCUGGAUAUUAACUCAAGAUUCUCUUAAAAUUAGUGAACAUGGAAAUUGUUUCUAAUUAGCCUGAGGUGUAAUUACCUGCUGGAUCAUAGGAGGUUGAAGGGUUUAAUAACUAGGACCAUGCUUCCUUUACCUGCCAUGGCCGAUAGGAAAUAAAAUGGGAAAAAAAAAAGGGUUCUUAAAUGUUAUGAUGCUAUCUCAACCUCAUUUGGCAAAUUGCUGGGUACUAAUACAUCACUUAUGAAAAAAGUUUGAUGAGUUCAAUGGUAAGAAGACCAGUGAAACAACCCUUUCAGUUCCUUUUUUUUUUUCUUUUUCACAGACAAGCCAACUGGAACAAGUAUUACAUCCAGCCCAACCAAUAAUACUGUGUUACGUAACAGUAGCUUGGUGUUAAGCUGCAGAACAGAUGCCAACCCUGCAGCACAUAUUUAUAAGUUUUAUUUUAAUGGUACCUUUAUUGGUGUGAACAACUUGGGUAGGUAUCAUGUCAUAGUUCAAGCAGAUGGAGAGUACACUUGUGUACCUUUAAACACAGUUGGCACAGGUGACAAUGCCACCCUUGCUGUCAUAGCAGUCGGUAAGUAAUAACAGUUUACAAUAAACUUGUUUUUGUUUUUUAACUACCCAAAACUAAAUAAAAUUAAUAUGAAAUUUAACAGGUAUCAAUUAUGGCAAAAUACUGAUUGAAUAAAUUGAUCUUGUAUUUUUAACCGAAAUUAGCCUUUAUGCACAUUAAAGGUAGCACGAACAUGAUUGAAAACCACUUUUUCCUUUAGAUAUACCUCCAUACUCUUAUAUGGUUGUUUUUGAUCAGAAGGAGCACUUAAUGUACUAUUAAUAAUGUCAUGUGCUUUGCAAAGCAAGAUCUAAAAAGCUUAGGGAGACCCCCUUUUUUACUUUUAAAAUCAAUUCCAUGGAAGCAAGAUACUAUUUUAGCCACAGAAAUAAUAACAACUGUUGUGUUACACGUAAGUAUCAAUCCAGCAAUACUACAUUUAUAGCAUAUAGAAGUGUGCUUAAAAAAACUUAUCAUUAUUUUGCCCAUAAUCUGUUUCAGAUGCACCUUUAGUAGAUGUUUUCCCCACUAUGACCUCUGUCCAAGAAGGAAACAAUAUCACAUUGUCGUGUAAUGCAUCUGGGAAACCAGCACCUGUUAUAGCAUGGACAAAAGCUGGCUCAUCACAAGUUCUCUCUCACACUUCUUUGCUGUCAGUUGUCAAUGUAAGCAGAUCUGGGACAGCAGACAACACGAUCCAGUAUCAAUGUAAAGCCAGUAAUGGAGUGGAGACACCUGCUACAGUUACAGUCAAUGUCACUGUUCACUGUGAGUUGCAGUCAGAAUUUCUCUCACCCAUGGAAUUUAUUCUAUUUUUUCAUGAAAUGGCUGUCAUAUUAAAAGUAGAUCUAGCCAUUUGACAGUUUGAUAGUGCAGCACAUAUCCACUUUUCAGUGGGAAUACUGUAUGGAUACUCUAGCACAGAAGGAUAGCAGAGUUACGUUAUUGUAGAACUUAAUAAGCCAGGUUGAUAAUAAGGCCAGAGGAAUGGAAGCCAGGCAUACAGUGUUAAUCCAUCCACAAAACCAACUUCUCAAAUACCUAUUCAAGGAAAGCCACCUGGUGGAGUGUUCACUGCUGAGCAUGAUAUGAUCACACAAGCUGUUGCAUUUUGUAGUCUAAGAAGUUGUUUAUCUAUUAUUUCAAGGAAACCUAGCAAACAAGACUUCAAGUAAAUACACAGCUUUGACUUAUUUUUGUCGAUGAAUUUUGAAUGCAACUAUUAUUAUAACUUAUUAUAUUGAGUAAUGAUCAAUUAAAAGCAGCCUUUGUAGUACAGCUGUAACUUAUUACUGAAUGAGUGUACUGUGAGCAGUUAAAGGAGUGGUAUAAUUUUCAAUUCUAAAGAUUCUUAAUGGGGUUAUUGCAGGGUACCUGUACAUGUUGUAAGUAGUGAGAUGCACAUUGGACUUGAUUCAAACAUUUUGUUCCUGUGAUCUUGGUGUAAUUUUUUUGUUCCCAUAAUCAUGGUGUUGCUUGUUUUAUUUCUACAGUCCCCCCUGAUAUUGACCAUGCCCCAUCAGCUUAUCAAGUUGUAGAAGGAAGUGGGUUGAUCCUGUUCUGUAAUGCCACUAGAAAUCCAAAGCCCAACAUUACUUGGACCAAACAAGGAAACAACAAUGAACUGUCAACAUCAGAGACUCUUACUUUGUCAAAGCUGACAAGAGAAGAUGAUGGAUCUGUUUUUGAAUGUACAGCACAAAACUACAUCACUUCAGUGAAAGCUAUGGAAGUUCUUACUGUUUGGUGUAAGUAUUGGGAGUUUUUUCCUGUCUUCAGCUUACAGUAAAACAGUCAAUAACUUUAAAAAUAUACCCUGCAUGUUCCCGUAUGCUGUAUAUGGGGGAAUGAUGUUCUGUAAAGUAGAAUCUUCUCUCAAAGUGCCUUGUCUUUACCCAGGGGUAUAAACAGAGGGAGGAGGAGUACUUUAAGUCACUUUGUUACAUGUGUGGAACUGGGAUGAUUUAAUUAAUAGGUUCAUUUAAUUCAAUCAGCAAAAACUUCAUACCUCUACUUUCAAAAGGGUUACUCCAGACUUGAUGGCAUCUUCUGUGCUCUUCAGAAUUGAAGAAAGAUAAUUUUUGACCUCGGUAAACAAAUAGAGAAAGAUGUUUUUGUCUUGUAACUAUCGUGGGACAAAGAAAAAAUCCUCAGUCCCUUUGGGGAAUGGAACCUCAGACCUUUGUAUUCCAUGCUCCAAUGCUCUACCACUUCUUUCCUGUGCACAUGAAAAUUGUACAUGUGCGUCUGAUGACCCUGCACCUGAGCAUAUAAAAUUAAUCUGUGCAGUAACAUACAUCUAAGUAUUACUGUUCUAAAAUAACUAUAAUGUUAAUGUAAUUGGCAAAUUUUCAGUUUGAAUUGAUUGUUUCCAACAGGCAAUGGGUAGUAUUGAUAUUUCCAUACAGCUGAGUUCUACUAAAAAGGUCUUAAUAGUAAAAGCUAUUCCUGUGGAAAAUUCAGUUGGGCUUUAAUUGAUAUCUUAAAAUGUGCAUUAUUUAGUCAGUAUUAAUUUUUAAGGACAUGGUCACCAACAUGAGAUUGAUGUCAUCAAGACGUGCCCAAUGUCGUAGGACUGAAAAAGAAAGAUAACUGUGCAAUUAGAGGACAUUGUUAAGAAAUUUUCAGUUGUAUCCAAAGAGGCAUGCAGGUUGUAUUCUGAAGCACUACUCUGAUCUCUUAUCAAUCAUUUGAAAAUAUUAUUUACAGAUCAACCGAGUGUAACAUCACAGCAGUGUCCCAGUCCCAUAACUGAGGGUGACAAUGUGACACUUCAUUGCAGUGCCAUUGGUAACCCUGUGCCCAAUAUUGCAUGGAUCAGAGCAAGAUCAAGGACAAUACUGACAUACAACAAGACUCUGGUUUUUAGGAGUAUCACGCGCAGUGAGUCUGGCAGAUAUGAGUGCCUUGCUUGGAAUGGAAUUGGAAACAACAGCACCAACUCUUGUUCAAUUGAUGUACAUUGUAAGUGCAUGUAGGAUACCUUACUUUACAAGUGUAAGAUUUAUGUAAAAUGCUAGGAAUUUCAGUUCAUAUGUAAGAUCAUAUUCUUUGAGAUUAUUUAAAUUCAAAGUAAUAAUUAGUUAAAGGAAUAUUAUUUCUUGAUAGAAGAUUUGUACCAUAAAACGUUUCUUUAAUUAGCUUUCAAAAAUUUCAGUGGUCAUUCACAAUUGUUUCCUCUGGUCAACUACAACAUUACUUACAAUAAUAAUUCUUUACAGGUAUUCACACUGUUUCUGCUUUGGUUUAUACUUUAGAGUAUUUACCUACCCCUACCUACUAAAUCUUGACUGAACAUUUCAUUCUCCAUUUGACUGUUUUUACUCACCAACAAAAAUACACUGUAGAACCCUUUGUGAUUCUUUCUUGGGAAGCAUGUAAGUCUAUGGCAAAAAUAUACUUGAAUUUUAUUUUCAUAGAUUUACCAAAGGCCUUAGCUCUGUUGACUACUCCAAUUAAUACUACAGUGCUUGGUGAUACUGCUAUGAAGCUUAACUGUAGUACAGAUGCCAACCCUGAUGCUCAUACUCAUCACUUUUACUUUAAUGGCAACCUUACUGGUAACAGUAGCUCUGGUGUGUUUAACAUCAGUGUGAAGGAAGAUGGAGAGUACACCUGUGUUCCUGUUAACAAAGUAGGCACAGGAAGCAAUGCUAGUGUCAGCAUCACUGCCGUUGGUGAGUGUUGAGUCAGAUUGCAGGUUGAAAUAAGUGAUAUUCAAGUCCAAAUCAAUGGUUGUCAAUAUAUUUGAUUGCAUUCUAAGGUACUUUGCACUUUGUUUUUUCUUUCCACUGAGAUUGAAGGGAAUACUCCUUUCAAGUUACAUGUGAUUGGUGAAAUGUUUCAGGCAAAUUUAUUCUAAACCAGGUUGGAUUUUUCUCAAGAUACAAACAUUUAGUCAAGAAACUUUUGAAAUAUUUCUGAAUCCGUAAUAAUUGCACCCAUUAUAUUGCACCCUUAAAAGUUGCUAAAAAACAAUUCAUCAAAUCAUCAAAAGUGGCAAACAUUUCUAAAACUUCCAGAUCAGAAAGUGUUUUUCUUUUUUUUAUCCAUUAUUUUACAAUGGUAUAAAAUUAUUUCAUUCUCUCUGUUAUAAAUUUAGUGGCUCCAUCAGUGGAUUUGUCAAGUUCCAUAAUAGUUAUUAAAGAAGGCAGUAACAUUUCAUUGAGCUGUAAUGUAUCUGGUAAACCUGAACCCAGCAUAUCAUGGACAAGAAUUGGUAGUUCAGAUGUUCUCUCCGUUUCAUCAUCACUAACUGUUGUGAAUGUGAGCAGGCCUGGGACGGCAGACAACAUGAUCCAGUAUCAAUGUACAGCUAGUAAUGGAGUGGAGACACCUGCUACAGCUACAGUCAAUGUUACUGUAGAAUGUAAGUGAAAAUUGCAAUGAAGAGGGAAGUUUGUAGAUUUGAAAAGAAAAAUGUGGCUACAAAUGUCUAUUUGAUUUCUUUGCAAGACAUCUGAUUUAGAAUGUAUGAGAUGUGCACGGUAUAUUUGGAAUCCCAAGGCAAUAGUUAUUUCUAAACACUCCAAGAUACUUUACAGUUAUAUUUACUUACAGGGGUGGCUCUUGGGGAGGGGUAUUAUAGGAUGUGCACCCCUUCCCCUCGAGAUGACCUGUGGUUUUCUUUUAUAACAAGGAGGGAAAAAAAGGAAAGAAAAAAUGUGUGGUUUGUUGCCAUUAAAUUAAAACAUGAGACAAGCUUUAAGAAUUUGUGUAAAAUGCAAGGAAAAUAGUAGUUUGGCCCUGAAGUUUGAGCUUUAGCCCUUCCUUUUUGCCAUAGUAGACAUCAGUUCUGUCAUUUCUAAGUGGUGCCCCCUCUCCUAAGAAAUGUCCUUGCUCUGCCUCUGACUUAAUUUUGGAAAUAAAUGCAUCUACAAAGAAGAGGUAUGAAGAGGGGAUGGUUGAAGAAAACAAAUUUGCUGUGAAAUUCUGCCCUCUUUGAGUCACUGAACACGUGAAAUGCUGUAUAAAGGAAAAUAAUAUACUCUCUUGAUGAUAUUUUGGGUGUAAGGUAAGUGUGAGUUCUUACAGGUUGCUUUGCAAAAUAAAACAUAUGAUGUUCUAGCAAUCAUGCAUGAAACAAAUCUCAAAUAGUCUCCAUGAUAUUUGUCUCUACAGUCCCCCCUGAUAUUGACCAUGCCCCAUCAGCUUAUCAAGUUGUAGAAGGAAGUGGGUUGAUCCUGUUCUGUAAUGCCACUGGAAAUCCAAAGCCCAACAUUACUUGGACCAAACAAGGAAACAACAGUGAACUGUCCACAUCAGAGAGACUUACCAUAACAAAUGUUUUGAGAGAAGAUGACCAGUCUGUUUACAAAUGCGUAGCAGCAAAUUCAUUGGGAUUAACACAAGUUACUCCCAAAGUCACUGUCCUCUGUAAGUUUUAUAUGGUGCUAAUGUGCUGAACAUACAUUUGUUUUACUGUAAAGACUUGUUUAUAAGCCACACCUUUUUGUUUAAGUUUUGGGCCAAAAAAUUGCGGGUGUGGCUUAUACAGGAGAGCAUUAUUUGCCUCUGGUGUCCUGACUUCCCGCGUGGUUACCAAGCAAACAUUUUGCAUUGUUCUCCUGUGCUUUUUUUUUGUUCUAAUUCCAUUGUUUUCAUUUGAGCCAUGGGCUUUAGCAAUGAAGACAACUGUUGUCAGUCACAGGGAAUAAGAAAAACAAUUAAAGAAAAGCUUUUAAAAGGUUUUUUCAGAGUUGGUUAACUUACUAAUGAUGCUGCAAGUACACAACAUUAGAUUUCAAGUCAAGUUUAUUGUCAACAUUUGGAACAAAUGACCAACAUUUUUUACAAGAGUGCUUUUUUGGAGGUCUUUUUUUCCCAAAAUCAUACUUGAAAGUUAGGGGUGCAACUAAUACACAAAUUUUUACAGUAUUUUUGUUUUUACUUGAUAAUGAUUAUACAGGCUCGUGCAAACUCCUCUCCAUUUUUUCCCUCUCAGUUGAGCCACUUAGAUUUUCUGGCUCUUACUUGGUGUAGAAGACACAGUAUAUGUCACAACAGAAUUCAUCACAACUGGGAAUAAGAAAACCAGGGAAAACAAUAGUGUGAUGUAUACUGUGUCUUCUACACCAAAUAGGGGCUGAUUUUCUCGAGUGUUUUGUAGUGUUCUGAUAAUAAUUAUGUCAUGGUAUAACAAGGCCAGUUACCAGUGGUACAUAUGCUUAUUAUUAAUUAAAGUAACUCUAACGAAUAGAUUGAAUGAUCCAUGAUGAUAUCAUCACUCACUGACUUGUCCAAGCAACAGUACAAAUAUGAAACCAAGAGAUAGAGAAUAUUUUUUGUUUGCAUGAAUUCUUUAUUUAAAGCUAAUUUAAGGAUUUUUAUUGCCAUUGUUUUUCUUAUAGUGAUAGUGAUGCUGAGGUAAUACUACUCUGUAAUAUAUAGAUAAACAUGUCUUUGCAGAUCCACCACAGCCUUUUAUACAACAUUGCCCCAGUCCAGUUACUGAAGGAGAUAAUGUGACAUUAUACUGCAAUGGAACUGGUAAUCCAUCACCUCAAAUAGCCUGGAUAAAGUCUGGAAAGGUUCUGGUGACAGACAGUGUUUAUGUUAUAAGAGAAAUUGACAGAGGUCAGGCUGGAAUAUACCAGUGUGUGGUUUGGAAUGGAAUCAUGAGAAAUGUGACUUCGAACUGUAGCAUUGAUGUUCACUGUAAGUUAAUUGAGUACCUUGAGUUUAAUAGCAGAGUCUCUUUCUUUACAUAUACUUGGCUGAAUGUUAACCUUUGCCAGUGUUCAAACACUCAUUUUUUUAUUUGAUUUUGCACUGUAUGUUAAUUGACUACCUUGAAUUUAAUAGUAUAGUCUAUUUCUGUUCAUAUAUUUGGCUGAAUGUUAAACUUUUGCCAGUGUUCAAACACUCAUUUUUUAUUUGAUUUUGCACUGUAAGUUAAUUUACUACCUGGAAUAUAUAUGUACAGUGAAACUCUGCCAACUGACAUCUGAUUUUGAUAAGGAAACUCUGGACACUCUUCUUGGUCUAGGGAAUGUUUACUUUGCAGGGUAUCAACUACAGGUAUUAAGACCCCAUCUGGGAAAUUAAGGUCUCUGAUGUCAAUAGAGUACUUUCAUGCCUUGCCUUAUUUAUUUAUUUACUUACUUGUCUUUGCAUUCUAAAGUGUAUAACAACCCAAUAUACUGUAAGUAUUAUUAAUUAUUCAUGUCACUACUGAGCUCUAUUUGUUUGUUAUUAUUAAUUUUUAAGUGUUUUUUACCUUAUUGUUAUUUCCACAUGUUUUUCAUAUAUAUGUACUCUGUUUUUUAAGGCAAAUACAUGUAAAUAGUUGGUUUAUUGUUGUUGUUUUGUUUAGCCAUUCUUGUACUAUACAUAAUUAUGUAUAGUCUAAAUGUUUGAUUUUAGUUUUAAUCUGCACAAUUAUUCUUAUUCAGAUCCAUCUUUGAUUGAGUCUGCCCCAGUUAGUCAAGUUGUCUUUGAAGGAAACAACUUGACUUUACAUUGCAAUGCAAGUGGCAAUCCUACACCAAACAUCACCUGGACUAAAGAAGACAGUCCAUCAGUGCUCUAUCAAGGAAUUACAUACAGCAUUGUGGACAUAGACAGAAAUGCUGCGGGGAAUUACACUUGUACAGCUUGGAAUGGAGUUGGAGGACAAAAGAAAGCUAUUGCUGCUAUCACUGUACACUGUGAGUUUCCUUGCUCUUAUUUACUAUAAUUUAUCAGUAAUCAUUAUUCAUGUGAGGAAAAAUUAUCUUACAUAAAUUUCGUUUUCAUGGAUGUUAACAAUCAACUGGUAAGUGCUUUAUCCAGAUAAAAAUGUUAUAAUCCACAGGAGCAAGCUGCUUCAUACAAAAAUUGUUUGAGAUACAUGUAAUUUGAGUACUUUUUAUUAGAAUUCUUGAACAGAGUUUGUCUCCUGAUUCUUCAAAACAUGCUUUGUUCUAAAAAUGAAGGUAGUGCGUUUAAGUUCUGAUAAUAAACUUAAGAUUUUUAUUUUUAUUUUUAAUAUUGGUGAUGUUCAGUGUUUUUAAACUGUAUAUGUUACCACUGUAUGAAAUGAAUUAACACAUAAAAAGGGUUUAGAAGCAUAUAUUAGAACAUCCAUGAAUGAUUGUUGGUGUUCAUAACAAAAAAGUACAAGGCAACACAGUAUUUGUUUUGAGAAUGUAUCAUCUUCUACAGUAUAUGGAGUAAAAUAGGCUAUACUCUUCACAGAAAGAAGCAGUGAUUUUGACAAGUACAUCUGGUACAAGUUCAGCCAAGCUUUAUUUUAAUCACCAAAACACUGUAUGUGAACUGUAACUGGUGUAAAAUAAAAUAAUACUACUUUGAAUAGAUUAAAACUUUUUAUAUCCUAAGAGGGUUAUUGAGUAGCUUUAAUGAACAGAUAUAAACACAAAUGUUUCUAAACAAUAUUAAAACAUGUUUUGAUAUAACUUUAGUAUAGAGACUACCAUAACAAGCCUCAGAGUUUUUCUGAAAUUAAUUUUCAAUUUAUCUAAGGACAAACUUAAUCUUUGAUGAAUUACUUAAAAACUUGUAGAGAACCCCUAUGUUGGUGGUUAGGAUGUUCAAAUACCUGUUGCUCUAUAGUUGAGUAUAUUGACCCCCUGCAUUUCCAUGAAUGGAUGUCUGAGGCAAGUCACGUUUGCAGUUGAAGCAACUGUGUACAUUAUGUAGAAUGUUUGAGAGAUUUUCUACUUACACAGCUUGGUGUCAGGCUAUCAAGGUAAAUUUACAAUUCACUGCUAAGCCCCUAAAAGGAAUUAAUUGCUUUGCUGGAAUCUGUUCAGCCCAGGUGGGUCAUAUUUUCUAAAGGAAGUAAUUACUUCAUAAGCAAUUUUUCAUACUUAACAUUUACUUAAAAAGAUCAACCUCCAAGACUCCACAAACUUUUCUUUUGUGGACAACAUUCCAAGCUGCAUCUGUACAAAAGGGAGUGUUCCCUUGCUUGAGAGAGUUGCUUUGGAGAUGUUACACUAAUUUACAUGGAGGUGUACUUUCUUGCUACUUUAAUACACAAUUAUUUUAGGGUGGGGGGCUUUUGAAUAUCCCUUUUCUUGGUAAAGAUAGUGAUUGUUGUUGUUGUUGACCUUAUUUCAGAUGCAGCAGAAAUUUUCUUUGCUCCCAAAAACAAGACAGUCCUGGAAUAUGACAAUGUUACUUUCUUCUGUAAUGCAUCAAGUAAUCCACCCUCCCAGAUUAUCUGGACCCAAGAGGGAAACAGUACGGUUCUGCAUAAAGGAGAAACCUUUGUCAUUGAAAAUGUCUCAAGAAAACUUAAUGGACAGGAAUACAAAUGUAGGACAUGGAACAAUGUCACCAAAAAUAUGGAAGCAUAUGCUCAACUCACUGUUCAUUGUGAGUAUUAAAUGACUCUCUCAUGAUAUCCAAGAAUUUAAAAUUAGAUAAGAUGGUACAAUGUAAAAAAGAAAGCAACAUUAUCAUGCAAUGGAACUGGUAAUCUAUCACCUCAAACAGCCUGGACAAAGUCUGGGAAGGUUCUGGUGACAGACAAUGUUAAUGUUAUAAGGGCAUGAAACAGAACUCAGGCUGGAAGAUACCAGUGUAUGGCUUGGAAUGGAAUCAUGAGAAAUGAGACUUUGAACUGUAGCAUUGAUGUUCACUGUAAGUUAAUUGACUACCUUGAAUUUAAUAGCAGAAUCUCUUUCUGUACACAUACUUGGAUGAAUGUUAAACUUUUGCAAGUAUACAUUCAAACACUCAUUUUUAUUUGAUUUUUGCGGUGUAAGUUAAUUGACUACCUUGAAUUUAAAGCAGUCUUUUUGCACAUAUACUUAGCUGAAUAUUAAAGUUUUGCCAGUCAACAAAGACUCAUUUUUAUUUGAUUUUGCCAUCCAAAAGAUCCUUCAACAUCAACCAUGAUAACAACUGUUCCAACAAACACUACAGUGCUACAUGACAGUGCUGUGUUACUGACCUGUAAUGCAGAUGCCAACCCCACUGUCCAUACUUAUCAUUUGUACUUUAAUGGCAACCUUAUUGGUAACAGCAGCUCUGGUGUGUUUAACAUCAGUGUGAAGGAAGAUGGAGAGUACACUUGUGUUCCUGUCAACAGUUUAGGUGCAGGAAGUAAUACUAGUCUGAGCAUCACUUCUGUUGGUGAGUGUGAUGUCUGAUUUUUUAGUUGAAAUAAGUCAUUAUGAAGUUGAGAUAAAUGGUGGUCAUAAAUUAUUUUCAUAUGGGGUUAUUAGUUUGUCUAAGCCACUAAGGUUCAUGCGAAUACUUAGUUUGGGAUAUAUGUCGUUGGUGAAAUUAUUAGGGCAAAUUUUGAGUGAACCCUUUUGUUUUCAAAACCAAGGAUGUUCUUGAGGUACAAAGGUGACGUAAAGGAACUUUUAAAUUUUUUUUAUACCAUAUCCUAAGAAUGAUCUUAUUUAGUUUCCAUUUAAAGGAUUUGGGGAUUUUAAACAUACAAGGUUUACUAAAAGGGUAUGGGUAACAACUGGUUAGGGUUUACAUCAGUGCAUUACUGAUAUAUAAGUACUGUGGUUUGGGUUUUGGUUGUAGUGGUGUGUUUAUUGCCAAAAACAUUUAAAGGUGAUGUGUACUUUGACAUAUCCUAAUUUACUUGUAAGUUCUAAUGUCAUGUUUGUAGUAAUUGCAAAAGAUCAAUGUACUCAUUAACACUCCCAAACCGAUGUUUGAAAGGUAUGCUGGCUUUCAGAGGCUAAUUGUGCAUCCCUAAAAGUCAAGAAACAAAAUUUGUAAAGUCACAAAACAAGGCAAAUUUUUUAUUGAAAUUCCUGCUAAAACCCACACUCUAACAUUUGUCAACUGGCUUAUUCAGUAGCUAGCUAAAUUAUGAAUCCUCUGAGCUACAGAUUCAGCAUUUUGUAGAUAGAAAUUGAGGAACUUCGCAUUCGUUUGCCAUUUGAUAAUGGCUGACAUUGUGCCUUUAAUAUGUCUUGAAUUCAUGGAUGAAGAUGCAGCCAUGUCUCCUAAGUUGCAUUAUUCUAGAGCAGUAUGAGAUGAUUGUAUGCAUUAUGUUACAAUUUUAGUGGCUCCAUCAGUGGAUGUGUCAAUCUCUGUAAUGGUUACAAGAGAAGGCAGUAACAUUUCAUUGAGCUGUAAUGUAUCUGGUAAACCUGAACCCAGCAUAUCAUGGACAAGAAUUGGUAGUUUGGAUGUUCUCUCUGUUUCACCAUCACUAACUAUCGUGAAUGUGAGCAGACCUGGGACAGCAGACAACAUGAUCCAGUAUCAAUGUACAGCUAGUAAUGGAGUGGAGACACCUGCUACAGCUACAGUCAAUGUUACUAUAGAAUGUAAGUGGAAAUUGCAGUGAAGAGGGAAUUUUAUAUUAGAAAUGAAAAGAACACUAUAUAGCUUGAAAUUGUUAUUUGUGUUAAGCAUUCUGAUCUCUGGGAAGACAAUUUGUGAUUGAAAAUGUAUCUGAAAUCAGCUUGCUCUGUAUUUGUUCCAAAGUCAAACUCUCCAACACUAUGUACAAAUAUACAAGUUAUGGUUAGUAAAAGCAUUUAUAUUUGAUAAUAGAAGGGGGGGGGAGGAGGGAAGUAGCAGGAUGGUUCACUGUGACAAACUUGGUGGCUAAUCUCACUAUUUCGAAAGCAAUUUUACUCUGAAGCAUUUUCACUUGGUGUUUUUUCACAUUAUAUUUUGACUCCCACUCAUACAUGUGGGACAGAUGGGAUCCUGCUUAGCUUGCCUGAAAUCUCAGGUGGGAGAUGGAAUUUAUGUUGGAUAACCUUGAGUCUGGCAUGAGGGAAAUAGAAUCAUGUAGUUGCAUAUGCUCAUUAGUAAUUAAAUUUAGAAGAAUAAACAGAAUGAUACCUGAUGAAAUGAUAAUUCACUGACUUGUUCAAGGAAGAGUCAAGACAUGAAACAAAGACAUAAACUUAGAUAAUAUUUUUGGUUUACAUGUAUCUUUGAGUUUACAGCUUUGUUUGCAUAAAUUCUUCAACAAGCUAAUUUAAGGAUUUUUAUUGCAAUUCCUUUUCUGAUAGGAAUAGUAAUAAGGUUAUACUACUCUGUAAUAUAUAGAUGAACAUGUCUUUGCAGAUCCACCGCAGCCUUUUAUACAACAUUGCCCCAGUCCAGUAACUGAAGGAGAUAAUGUGACAUUAUACUGCAAUGGAACUGGUAAUCCAUCACCUCAAACAGCCUGGAUAAAGUCUGGAAAGGUACUGGUGACAGACAGUGUUCAUGUUAUUAGAGGAAUUAACAGAAGUCAGGCUGGAAUAUACCAGUGUAUGGCUUGGAAUGGAAUCAUGAGAAAUGAGACUUCGAACUGUACCAUUGAUGUUUACUGUAAGUUUAUUGACUACCUUGAAUUUAAUAUGAGAGUCUAUUUCUGUACAUAUACUUUGCUGAAUGUUUAAGUUUUGCCAGUCUACAAUAACUAAUUUGUGAUUUGAUUUUGCUGUCCAAAAGAUCCUCAAACAUCAACCAUGAUUACAACUGUUCCAACAAACACUACAGUGCUACGUGACAGUGCUAUGUCACUGAGCUGUAAUGCAGAUGCCAACCCCAGUGUCCAUACUUAUCAUUUGUACUUUAAUGGCAACCUUAUUGGUAACAGCAGCUCUGGUGUGUUUAACAUCUCUGUGAAGGAAGAUGGAGAGUACACUUGUGUUCCUGUCAACAGUUUAGGCGUGGGAAGUAAUACUAGUGUGAGCAUCACUUCUGUUGGUGAGUGUGAUGUCUGAUCUUUUGGUUGAAAUAUGUUAGGAAGUAAGUAACAACUUUAUUUAAAAAGGGUGGCACAUAACAGUAGAACUGAUAAACUAGUGGCUCUCUAUCUUAAAUUAAUAUUAAAUUACUAAUUAAAAUAGAUCCAGGAUAUUAAAAAAUAAGAAUAUUAUUAAAAUGUUAAAAUUUAAAAAACAUUUUAAAACUUUCAAAUUUAAAAAUAUGCAAAAUAUGUAAAAAAAUUUUAAAAUGAGGAGAGAUAUGUACAUAAGGGAGAAACUGGGAUUUAAGGGGUGAUAAGACACUAAUUGAUCUAAUAAAGCUAAGUAUUUCUAGAUAAAAAUCUUUUCAGACAGAAGAUUUAAAAGCGCAAAUGGACUCUAUAUUGUGAAUAUAAGUCAUUAUGAAUUUAGAUAAAUGGUGGUCAUGACAUCUUUUGAUAUGAGGUUAUUAGUUUGUCUAAGCCACUAAGGCUCUCAACAAUAGUCAGUGUAGGGUAUAUGUUGUUGGGAAUAUUAUUAAGACAAAAUUUUGAGAGAACCAUAUUUUUUUUCACAACCAAGGUUGUUCUAUAGGUACAAAGAUGAUGUAAAAGAACUUUUACAUUUUUGUCCAUACCCUAUUCUGUUAAUGAUGUUAUUUAGUUUUCAUAGAAGGGAUUGGGGGAUUUUAAAUAUCUAAGGUUAACAAAAAGGGUGAGGGUAACAACUGCUUAGGGUUUACAUUAGGGCAUUACUUAGAGGUAAGUACAGUGGUUGGGUUUUUGUUACAGUGGUGAGUUUGGGGCGAAAAACAUUUUUAAGAUGUUGUGCACUGAUCUAUCCUAUUUUUCAUGUACAUUCAAAUGUCAUGGUUUUAAGGAUUGAAAAAGAUCAAUGUACUUGUUAACACUCACAAACUCAUGUUUAAAAAGGUAUCCUGGCUUUCAAAGGCAAAUUCUGCAUCCUUAAAAGUAAAAAAAAAACAUAAUUUUUAAAGUCAGGAAACAUAGCAAUUUUGUAAAAAUUCCUGUUAAAAGCCACAUUCUAACGUUUGUCAACUGAAUUAUUCCUUAGCAAAGCCAAAUUGUCAAUCAUUUGAGCUAAAGAUUGAGCAUUUUUGUUAAUAAAAAUGAGGAACUCUCAUUCUUUUACCAUUUGAUAGUGGCUGACAAUGUUCCUUGAAAUAUGUCUUAAAUUCAUGGAUAAAAAUGCAGCCAUAUCUCCUGAGUUACAUUAUUCUAGAGCAAUAGAAGAUGAUUAUAUCCACUACAUUACAAUUUUAGUGGCUCCAUCAGUGGAUGUGUCAAUCUCUGUGAUGGUUACAAAAGAAGGCAAUAAUAUUUCAUUGAAGUGUAAUGUAUCUGGUAAACCUGAACCCAGCAUAUCUUGGACAAGAAUUGGUAGUUUGGAUGUUCUCUCUGUUUCACCAUCACUAACUAUUGUGAAUGUGAGCAGGCCUGGGACAGCAGACAACAUGAUCCAGUACCAAUGCACAGCUAGUAAUGGAGUGGAGACACCUGCUACAGCUACAGUCAAUGUUACUGUAGAAUGUAAGUGAAAAUUGCAUGGAGAGGGAAUUUUAUACUAGAAAUGAAAAGAACACUAUAUGGCUUGAAAUUGUUAUUUGUGUUAAGCAUUCUGAUCUCUGGGAGGAAAAUCUGUGACUGGAAAUGUAUCUGUAAUCUGCUUGCUAUGUACUUGUUCCAAACUCAAACUCUCUAACACUAUGUACAAAUAUACAACCCAUGGUUAUUAAAAGCAUGUAUAUAUGAUAAUGGAAGGGGGGGGGGGCAAGGGAAGUGGCAGGAUGGCUUACUGUGACCAACUUGGUGGCUAAUUUCACUAUUUUGAGAGCAGUUUUGCUUACAAGCACUUUCACUUGGUGUUUUUUCACAUUACAUUUAGAAUUGAUAACUAGAACUCUUAUAAAUGUUCUUGCUUAUGAAACUCACAGAUGAGGUUCACAUACAUAGUUUCCCAUAAAGUAAAUUUUCACAUGUCUUAAACUAUCACACACGUGGGAUAGAUGGGAUCCUGCUAAGUCUGCCUGAAAUCUCAGGUGGGAGAUGGGAUCCAUGUUGGGAUUGCCUUGAGUCUGGCAUGAGGGAAAUAGAAUCCUGUAAUUGCAUAUGCUCAUUAUUAAUUAAAUUUAGAAGAAUAAACAGAAUGAUACCUGAUGAAAUGAUAAUUCACUGACUUGUUCAAGGAAGAGUCAAGACAUGAAACAAAGACAAAAACUUAGAUAAUAUUUUUGGUUUACAUGUAUCUUUGUGUUUACAGCUUUGUUUGCCUGAAUUCUUUAACGAGCUUAUUUGAGGAUUUCUAUUGCAAUUCCUUCCAGAUCCACCACAGUCUUUUAUACAACAUUGCCCCAGUCCAGUAACUGAAGGAGAUAAUGUGAGAUUAUACUGCAAUGCAACUGGUAAUCCAUUACCUCAAACAGCCUGGAUAAAGUCUGGAAAGGUUCUGGUGACAGACAGUGUUUAUGUUAUAAGAGCAAUAUUAACAGAAGUCAGGCUGGAAUAUACCAGUGUAUGGCUUGGAAUGGAAUCAGAGGGAAUAAUACUGCUAAUUGUACCAUUGAUGUUCAAUGUAAGUUAAUUUUCUACCUUGUGAAGUUCAUGGCAAAGUCUUUUACUGUAUAAAUACAUCUAAAUAGCUAAAUCAUAAACUUUUGCCAGUAUACAAAUACUCAUUAUCAAUUUUUUUUUUUUUGGUCUAAAAGAUCAUCCAACAUCAACUUUGAUUACAAUACUUCCCACAAAUACUACAGUGCUGCGUGAUCGUACUGUGUCGCUGAAUUGUAGUACAGAUGCCAACCCUGAUGCUCAUACUUAUCACUGGUACUUUAAUGGCAACCUUACUGGUAAUAGCAACUCUGGUGUGUUUAACAUCACUGUGAAGGAAGAUGGAGAGUACACCUGUGUUCCUGAAAACAAAGUGGGCACUGGAAGCAAUGCAAGUGUUGGCAUCACUGCUGUUGGUGAGUUUCAUAUCAGAUUCAGCCCUAUACUAUGCAGUCAAUAUAAAGAUUCAACCUCACCCCACCACCCCUUCUAGGGCAACCCAGGGGCUGGGCAUUUAAAUCUUGCAUGGAUGGGGUUGAGUAAAUUUGAACCUUUAGAAUAUACAUGUUCUAAGUUCUAAGUUAAGUAUGGAGAAGUUCAAAGAUGAAGAGUCUGCUUUGUGAGCAAAUGGCCAAGAAGAAAAUUUUUUACAUAGAUUGAUGUUUACUUGUGAAAAACCAAGCAGUAGCACUAAUAGCUCAUAUGUGACUUUGCCACAACAUUUGUUGAUCACACCAGCAAGCAAUGACUGUGAAUAUAUAAAAAUCAUACAUGUGAACUGCAGUGUGAGAAAUUAAUGUGAAAGCAAUCUUUACAGUGAUGAACAGCACUUAAGCAGGAGUUAAAAUAAGGCCUGAAAAAAUUAAAGUGAAAAAAACCAUUAAAAAAAUUGUGGUUGAGUGGGGUAAUUGAAUGCCUCAAAUUAAUUGAUGCAUUAAGACUGAGGAUAAAAAAGUGAAUAUGUAGUUAAUAAUUAUAGUUAGCUCAAACUUAUCUGGUAAAAUACGUUAUCUUGAUUCAACACCAAAUUCUUGACACUUAUUUACAAGGAAAUAUGUAGCAGCAAGAGGGGAGAAUCAACAAUCCGAACUUGGGAGCUAAAGGGUUAUAGGCACCUCAUCUUUACCUGAUGCAUUCUUUUCCUUGUAUUUGUGAUAUUUUAUUUCAGUGGCCCCAGUUACUGAGGUGGUUCCUCAAACUGGCACUGUCAUUGAAGGUGGAAACAUCACCUUGAUUUGUAAUGCCAGUGGUGUUCCUUCUCCAUCUGUUGUCUGGACUGAAGUUGGCAGCCCGGUCAUUUUGUCUCAAAAAAUUUCACUGACUGUUGCAAAUGUAACCAGACCAGGGACAAGAGAUAACCUGAUCCAGUACCAGUGUACAGCCAGGAAUGGAGUGGGCACAUCUAGUACAACUACAGUCAGCAUUGCUGUUCACUGUGAGUUUAUGGUAAUCUAUUUUUAAUCAAUGGCCACUAGGUUAGCUGUAAACUGUAACAGUGUAGCAUAACAAUGAGUAAAGUUUCACUACAUGUGUAUGGAAAUGGAAUGCAGAUCCCUAGAGAUAGAAUGCUAAUACAUGUACAUGUUAAAAAGAUAACAAUUCUGUAUGAAAAAAAUCACCUCUUAGAGAAAGAUACAGUCCAACCUUGACUAUCUGGACCCACAAUUAACCAGAUCAUUCAACAACUGGAGAUUGAAUAUAUUGAAUCAUUUAUUAGGUACAAUAUGCAUUAUGUAAUUUUUGCCCUCUUGCACAGUGGAUAGGCAAUGUGCAUGCACCAACUGUUUUGCAUUUGAGUUUCAUAUUAUAUCUUUUUAUCUGUUCAUUACUUUCCAGUAUGUUUAUUAUUCUAAUUAUCCCAUUGACUUACCUGUUUUAGCUUUGCAACUAUUUCUAUUGCUCUAGGAAAUUCAUUACAUCUAAUAAUUCCUCAUGCUAAAUCAUACCUGUCUAAGUAUUGAAUAUGUAUAUUUUUUUACUUUAAAGAUCUUCCAGAGAUAGCAAGAUAUCCAUCCACUUCACCCAUCAUUGAAGGUGGCAACACCACACUUGUCUGCCAAGCCUCUGGAAACCCACAGCCAAACAUAACUUGGACUAAGAGAGGAAGCAAUAAAACUCUGUCUUAUUCAGAUGAACUUUCCUUGUAUAAUUUAACCAGAUUUGAUGAUAAAACAGAAUACAAAUGCAAAGCCAUGAACUAUUUAGGAUUUGUUGAAGCUUCAGCUUCAGUUACCAUCCACUGUAAGUGAAUGUGGUAUAGGUUUUUAUUAAUUAUAUAAACUCUAUGUACAGUGAAUUUUUUUGUCUUAUUGCUGUAAAUUCAUGGUAUCUGUUUACUUGCACUCUGUUGUUCCUAAAGAAAAGAAAUGGUUGUUUGAUUGUUUUUGUUUUGGCUAAGGCAUUCAUUUUUUUCUCAUAAUCAUGUACAGAUGAAAUGUUUGAUUUUAGUCUCAAUCUGCACAAUUAUAUCUUCUUAUUUAGAUCCAUCUUUGAUUGAGUCUGCCUCAGGCAGUCAAGUUGUCCUUGAAGGAAACAACUUGACUUUACAUUGCAAUGCAAGGGGCAAUCCUGCACCAAACAUCACUUGGACUAAAGAUUACAGCUCAUCAGUGCUAAAUCAAGGAAUUACUUACAGUAUUGUGAACAUAGGAAGAAAUGCUUCAGGGAAUUACACUUGUACCACUUGGAAUGGAAUUGGUGGACAAAAGAAAGCUAUUGCUGCUAUCACUGUACAUUGUGAGUUUUCUCACUGUAUCAGCAAUCAUUAUUCAUGUGAGAAAAAAGUAUUUUACAGAACUUUUGUCUACACAAAGGUUAACAAUUCAACUGAAUAGUGUUUUAUCCAGAUAAAAAUGUUAUAAUCUGCAAGCCUCCUUUUAUGAACACUGGUAGAGAUAAUCCACAGCACAGUUUUGAAGAGUUAAUGAGCAAGGGUUGUCUUCUGAUUCUUCAGAACAAUUUUUUACUUCAUGAAUUAUUGUUGUUGGCUUCUCUUUCAGAUGCGGCUGAAAUUGUCUCUGCUCCCAGAAACAGGACAGUCCUGGAAUAUGACAAUGUUACUUUCUUUUGCAAUGCAUCAAGUAAUCCACCCUCACAGAUUAUCUGGACCCAAGAAGGAAGCAGUACAGUUUUACAUACAAGAGAAACCUUUGUAAUUGAAAAUGUUUCAAGAAAACUUAAUGGACAGCGAUACAAAUGCAGGACAUGGAACAAUGUCACCAAAGAUGUGGAGGCAUAUGCUCAGCUCACCGUUCAUUGUGAGUAUUCAAUGACUCUUUCAUGAAAACCAAGAAUCACAAAGGAGAUAAGUUGGUACACUGCAAAAACAAAAGCAACAUCUACAAAAAGAAAACUGUUAAAUUCAGGUUGCUUUUCCCUUUAUAUGCCAACAUCACUUUGCAAGUUCUCCAUACUGUUGUCUACACAUUAAUAUGGUACUUACUUUUUAAGGAGAAUUUGCCUAAUGAUCAAGAGCAUUUUGACUUUUUCGACAUGUUCAUAAUUAUGUAAGAGAAAUCUUAAAAUUAAGAUUCACAAACCUAAAUGUAAAGGCAUGACGAUAUUAUCACUCAUUGUCUUGCCCAAAGACCAGUUGAAAUACUAAACCAUAUUUUGGUCCAUCUUUGUUUGCCUGAAUUCUAUUUGACUAAGUUUAAUACAAUUCCUUUUCUAAUGGUGUUGGUAUUACUGUGCCAAUACUUUUCUGUGAUGUAAGGAUAUACAUGUCUCUACAGACCCAUCAAACUAGAUAAAAUGCUCCAACUCGUUAAAAUGGUCUAAUUGGUAAAAAUUAUCUAUGUUUUAUUAAUAGUUAAUAUUUGAGAUAAAAUGGUUUAAACAUUUAAAAAGGUCCAGCCAGGUAAAAUGGUUCUAUUAGCUAAAAUUGUCUAAACAUCUAAAAAGGUCUAACUAGAUAAUGUGGUCCAACCACCUGAAGUGGUGUAACUAGAUAAAACGUUCCAACUGGUGGAAAUGGUCAAACUCGGUGUAACUGGUCAAAGUAAAUGGUCAAACUGUUUAAAAUAGCUUAAUCAGCUAAGAUGGUCUAAGACAAAAUGAUCCACUGGUCAAAGUCGUCUAGCUAAAUAAAAUGGUCAAACAAGAUAUACUGGUCCAACAAGCAGAAAUUGCCCAACAAAAGAAAUUGUUCCUACUGGUUAAAAUAAUCUUACUAGAUGAGGUAGGUUAGCCACUUAAAAUGGUCCAACAGGUUAUAUUGGCCCAAUGGUUAGAAUUAUGCAACCAGUAAAUAUGGUCCAACUGGUUCAACUGAAUCCGACCAGUCUACAUCUAUAAAAUGAUCAAAAUGCUAAAAAUGGUCUUAUUAGGUAACAUGGUCCAACCGGUUAAAAUGAUCAUCCAGUUGAAAUGGUCCUUUUAUUUAGUUAGACCAUGUAUACCGGUGGGACCAUUUUUUUAAAUUAGACCAUUUGUAACUGUUGAAUCAUUCUAUGUUUAUACACCACUUUACAACUUCUACUUAACUGUGUAUCCUUUGAUGAAAUUAUAAUGAACCAUCACCUUUUUCCCAAUAUUCAUGCAAGUAAUCACUAUCGAUUUUUAUUCUCUGUCUAAAAGAUCCUCCAACAUCAACCAUGAUUACAGCACUUCCCGCAAACACGACAGUGCUGCAUAAUACUUUCAUGAUGCUAAACUGUAGUACAGAUGCCAACCCUGAUGCUCAUACUUAUCACUUCUACCUUAAUGGCAACCUUAUUGGUAACAGCAGUUCUGGAAUGUUUAAUAUCCCCGUAAAAGAAGAUGGAGAGUACACUUGUGUUCCUGUUAACAAAGUAGGCACAGGAAGCAAUGCUAGUGUCGGCAUCACUGCUGUUGGUGAGUUCAGUGUAGAGCUGACUGCAAUUUAGAAUAGCUAAUUUAUCGCAUCAAGUCCGUUGUUGUGUGCUCUACCAAUUUCGUUAAAAUAUUAAAGAUUCACCCUAGAUAUAUAUGUACAAUUUAACUGACUCAAUAGACCUUAAUACCGCCAUACUAUGAUGUGUUUCUGUGCACAGGGUAGACACAGUAAUGCUACAGUCCACACUAAGGGUUUUGGUAUGCAUCUGGUCAGAAAGUUUGCAUGAGACGAGUGACGAAUAAUAAAUUCACCAUUUUGUUGUUUUAGUAAGUUAAUAAUUGUGUGCUUAGUGAUCUGAUGGGAAGGUGAUCAGAUGAGCAAUUAUUAUGUCAAAUUAGAUGGCUAGGAAAUUAGUUAUGUGUUCUGUCCCUUAUUUUUGUGGAUUUGGCAUUUCAUCAUCAAGGAAGGCUGUCAGAUUUUUUGUAAUUCCACGGACUUACAUAUAAUCGGGAUUUGCCGACUAGAAUAAAUACUGGUGCAAUAUUAGUAACCUUAACUGAUAACACAAACAACUGUAUUAGUGAUAUUUUAUUUCAGUGGCCCCAGUUGCUGAUGUGGUUCCUCAAACUGGCGUAGUUGUGGAAGGUGGAAACAUUACCUUGAUCUGUAACAGCAGUGGUGUUCCUUCUCCAUCAGUUGUCUGGACUCAAGUUGGAACCACAAACGUUUUGUCUCAAAACAAUUUACUUAGGGUGGUAAAUGUAACCAGACCAGAGACACCAGAUAACAUGAUCCAGUAUCAGUGUACAGCCAGUAAUGGAGUAGGUACACAUGGUACCGCUGCAGUUAACAUAACUGUUCAAUGUGAGUUAAUAAUUGUACAUAUUUUAACCAGUAGGAACAUUUUCUCUUGUUAGGAAGUCGUUUGUUGCAUGGUUAGUUGUAAAUUUUACAGGUGUAUCUUUACAAUACGAAAAGGUUCUGUGCUUGAAUAAGAAGGAAAACAGAGAAGACCAGAUCUGUUGCUCGAUGUUAAUCUUGCCUGAAGGCGUUUUAUUUUCCUGCUUACGCUUUCUUGAUUCACACUGUAAGUAAUUUUUUUUACUUUUAAGAUCCUCCGGAGAUAGUCAGAUAUCCAUCCACUUCACCCAUCAUUGAAGGUGGCAACAUCACACUUGUUUGCCAGGCUAUUGGAAAUCCACAGCCAAACAUAACUUGGACCAAGAGAGGAAGCGAUAAAAUUUUGUCCCAUUCAGAGGCACUUGUCUUGGCUAAUUUAACCAGGUUAGACAACGAAACAGAAUACGAAUGCAAAGCCAUGAACUAUUUAGGAUUCGUUGAAGCCUCGACUUCAGUUACCAUCCACUGUAAGUACAAUGUAGAAUUGCUUAUGCAUGUAACGUAUUAGCUCUAUGUAAAUUGAAACCUCAGCUAAGUUACCUAUCGAUGAGCAAAUACUGGACAAUUAUUUAUAUGUUGUGGUUCAAUUUUAUCCUUGGUUCAAAUUUUAUUGACUUUUGUCUAUGGGUGUUGUCAUGUAUGAUAAUGAGUUUGAAACAAAGGAAAAUAACGUUUGAACCAAGGAUAAAAUGAACCACAACAGAUACAUGUAGGUCCCCUUUAGGUAGAAAAACCUAAAAACAGUCUAAAGAUUGAUUUUAGAUUAGAUCUGUACACAUGAUAUUUUUCCUUAUUUAGAUCCAUCCUUGAUUGAUUCUGCCCCAAUCAGUCAAGUUGUCCUUGAAGGAAACAACUUGACCCUACGCUGCAGUGCUUCUGGAAAUCCUACACCAAACAUCACGUGGACUAAAGAUAAAAGUUCAUCAGUGCUACAUCAAGGAGAUACUUACAGCAUUGUGGACAUAGACAGAAAUGCUGCAGGGAAUUACACAUGUACAGCUUGGAAUGGAGUGGGAGAACCAAAAAAAGCCAUUGCUGCAGUAUCUGUACACUGUAAGUUGUGUUACACUUACAUUUGGUGAAUCAACUCUUCAAUCUAAAAAAAUUACCCCAUGUUUGAUAGCGACAACUUUAUUAUUGCACCAUUUCUAUAGAAAUUCACUUGAAAAUCUUUGUUGAAUAUAUUUAUAUAUUUUUACAUUGUAUAGCAAGCGUUUGGUAGCUGACAAAAAGGAGACACUAACUUGUAAAAUUCAGUGACAAAUGGACACUUUAACUAUCUUUUUCUCCCUCCCCCUGUGGACUUAAAACUGUAAUGUCAACAGUAAUCGUUGUAGUCUUGAGGUACCCUUGGUUACAUCGAAGAUGAUCACCAUCAGAGCUGUUGUGUUCUCUUAUCUAGACAAAAUUGACACAAACAUAACGUAUCAUUAGAUUAAUUGUGGGUUGCACUAAAGCCCGGUAUUGAUAUGAUCGUCCAGAUUUCCGCGAUCACCCUAAGUGAUGCUUCAGGGUUCUGGACGGUUAGAAAGAAAUUAGGCCCAAAUAUCGCGAGGACCACGACCGUCUGGCUAGAAUUCAGUGUAUAGCCUGUUUUUACCAUGAUAUCACAGAUUGCGCUAAUCCUAUCGAAAACUGAGGCGAGCAGGACGUGUGGAAAUUAGGCGUCGGGGGAAAUAUUACUUUUGAAAUUUUUUUACCAUAUCCAAAUGUUAUCCAAAUCUCCGACAAAAACUCCGUCAUUGAAAUAUGGGAGUCGUAGACCGUAGGCUUGUGUUUGAAUUGUCACUAUUCCUUUAAUCUGAUCAGAUCCUGCUGAGAUAGUCACUCGUCCUAAAGACCAAGUGUUGUGGUUGGGGGAGAACACAACUCUAGUGUGUGACGCUGUUGGUAACCCUGUGCCAAACAUGAGUUACUCUGUGCUUGGAGAGAAUGCCUCAGUUGUUUACAGCAAGACACUUGUUAUUAAGAGUUCCAGCGUAACUUAUGUUAGGAUGUACACAUGCACGGCAUUUAAUGGAGUACAGCCACCAGCGUCUGUCAAUGCUACUGUUACAGUGUUGGGUAAGUGUUGUACUUCACACAUUUGUUUCCCUUAGUUCUUUGGAGGAGAUUGUUUCGUAUGUGUAAUUCAAUGGAAAUAAAUUUCUUUGAAGCGAAACUAAAGCCUACAGUUUAGACAAUUGAUUUUAAUUUUCACCAUGAGAGGCCACUAGAUAUGAUUACCUAUUGUUGACGCGUGGUCUAAACAAGUAAUUUUUUUCUUCCUUUCAAACGUACAUUCAAAACUAGAGAGAAUGAAAUGAACUUCAAUUGGUAUAUCAUCGGGUAUGCAACACCUUCUAUUUAGACGCAUUGGUGAUCUUGCAUUCAUCAAGGAAAGUUGGCGUUUCUAGAAUUUUAUUAAGAAUAAUUGCAACAUGCCCUGAUUAACAAAAACAAGGAUAUAGAAGACUCUUUUUAACAUGAAAAUUACCUUUCCUGGGAGAUACGAAGUGUAGUGACUUAGAGAGUGCUUUAUGAAUAAUUAAGCGGAGGAUUCUGUUUAUUAACGUCUCAUGAGUUCGCUUUUCUCUCUCCUCAUCGGUAGCAUACUCAUGAUGUAACCUGCCUUUUAUUUACUAAGAAAUCCCGCUUAAAACUACGUAUUGUGUGUAUACGAGAGUUGUAUCUUCUUUUUCCAACAGUAAGACCUUGUUCUCGUUCCCCCUGUGCUAAUGGAAAUUGUACGGACAUAAAGACGCCGCCAUCUUACCGUUGCAUUUGUCCUUCUGGUUAUCAGGGAAGACACUGUAUUCAGCAGAGUAAGUCUUCUUGCCCCUUUUUAAAUAUACGUGCCAUUUUCUUCACGAUGGUUAUUAUUAUCGUUGUUAGUUAUAUCAUCAUUAAUAUCACAAGAACAUCAUGAACCCUUUCAGUUCCAACGGUGCUGAUCUGUUGUGGCUUUUAUACUUCUGAGCCGGUUAUUCAAAGUCCAUCAACAGCCAUCCUUAAACCCAUAAUUUUCAGCGUUCACUUUUGCUCUCAGCGCGUAUCGAUCAUCAUAUGAUCUACUUGUGUUACUGUGGACUCUAAAUUGUCAUAGUUGUCCCAAUCUUUUACAAUGAUACAUGCUUGUACCGCUUUUUUGCUAUUUAUUUUAGUUACAAAAGAAACUGAUAGAGUGAGGGGGAGAGUAAAACUUGAAAGGUGUCCAUACAAGUAUCACCCAGACUACAAUAACCACAGCAGUGAGAUGUACAAGGAGCUCAGCAACUACUUUAUAAAGAAUGUAAGUUGUUUAAAGUUUGCCUUUCAGGUGAAUAUUUGAAAGGCUCUGUAGUAAAUGUUGAUAUGAAUUCUGUCUAGGCAGUACACUCCCUGCAAAGCAGAAUACUUACAGUGCUCAAAGGUGGUCCCUUUCCCUUUUUUGUUGCUUCUUUUGUUGAAGACAAACUGAGGGGUGCCAUUUUCAUCUUGUCUCCCUCUUGAAGCGGCGUCCACAGCACUGUUGAGAUAAAUUAAUGUCACGAGGAAAGUUGCUGUAUAUAAUAAAGUCAAUUCCCAGUAAGAGGGCGUCAACCUGUGUGUGUAGUAGUUGCAAAGAAUACUUACAAAGAGAAUGAUUGAAUUGUGAAAAUGCUUUUGUCGGUCUAAAGAAACAUUGUUGGGCUUGUUCAAAAUUUCCGUGGGUCAAAAACUUCAUGAUUUGCUACAAUAUUGAACGAUAAAAAGUUCACGGCAUUGAUUGCUUCUCUGAACGGUAUGAUCCGUUACCUACUUUGAAAGGGCCCUUUUUUGUCCUAAAAAGUUUGGGAUCACUCGCUGUCGCAGUCAUUGGUUUCUAUCUUUACUUUCAAUCAUGACUUUUGCGCCGUGGGGUAAAAUCCCCCAAGAAGUUGCGACUUUCUAUGCGAUGUGAAAACUAUCUCUUUACCUGGGCAAGACACACUCUCCAUGUUCGCCAUCUGUUUGCUCUAUAGCUUUUUAUCAGGCCCGGUGAUUUGGUAGGUUCCACUUUUAAUAUCGCAUGACUGAACUGAGAGAUCCGAACAGCUUGUUAGAUCUCGUCUAUCUUCUAAUACUGGCAUCGACACAGUUCAUAUCCUUGAACAAUUCUAUUAAAGUAGUAUGUUUUUUUGUAGAUGACUCUAUUAUACGAAAAUGAGAAACAAUUUGGUCUCGUCACAGUUAACGACAUUUAGUAAGAGUAAAGUAUUAUUAUCAUUAUAAUUAUUAUCAUUAUCGUUAUUGUUGUUAUUAUUAUUAUCAUCCUAAUUAUCAUUUCUGUCGUUGUUGUUUCUCUUUUUUUUUUUUUUUUUUUUGUAUUCCAUGUGCAACUCUUUUUUUCACGCGGCUUACUCAUCAGUCCCAAAAGAACAAAUGCAUUAAUGAAGGGAAUAAUGAGGAUAAUUGGAAUGUUGCCAAAACUUACGGUGAUAUCUAAAUUGUUCGGACGCAGUGAAGUCACGCGCGAGGAGAGGAGCGCGAUAAAAUGAAAUUUUGUUCCUCGCGCUUUGCGCUCUCCUCGCGCUUGUCUCCGUUCGCCUGAAAAACGGUCACAACAGAAAACGCUUGUUCGGCUUGUUAUCUUCCGAAUGAAAUACCAUGAAUCCGAGAAAAAUGCCAAUUGAUUUCUGUUUUGCUCUAUGCUUUCCCUUUUGUUAUAUUUUCCCCCUCACUUUUGACUUGUUUUGAUGUCAUUGGCAAAGACGUCAUUCGUCGUGGCACAGAUACGUGUUUCCAUCAAACAUAUUUUUUGACGUCAAUUAGACUACUUGUUCAUAACUUACUUAUCAGAGGGUUUCUACUGUUUUGACAGCAGUGA